CCGGGGACAACCGCGAGAUAUAUCAUUGUGCAAGGGAAAACACAAGGACGUUACCAAAGAUGGUUGUGCAACAGAUUUUGCAGCAAGAACCCGCUUUUGUACAACAAGCUUCCACUAGCACAGUUGUUGCAUUGGAUUCCUUUGAACUCUGCCAUCCACUAGUACAUGGGCUCUUGUACUGGGAAACAGAAGAUACUGCAUACGGACCAUUUCCCAGGGGUUGAGAUAUGUCCCUUGAUAUCUAAAACUCUGACGCCUACAAUGAUGAAAAUCAGGAGCAGUGUUUGUGUUCUGGAAGAAUGAAAACUUCCAUUCCGGUAUGAAUACCUAUUUUACAAGCUACAAAUUUGGGAGAUCCAGGGUGGUUAUCUUAGAAUCGUAGAAUUGUAGAGUUGGGAGGGACUUUAAGGCAUAGCUGUCAACUUUUCCCUUUUCUUGCGAGGAAUCCUAUUCGGAACAAGGGAAUUUUCCUUUUAAAAAAGAGAAACAUUGACAGCUAUGCUUUAAGGAUCUUCUAAUCCAACCCCCUGCAACGCAGUAAUCUUUUGUCCAAUGUGGGGCUCAUAUUAUGAUAAGGUCACAUGCCCCAUAGGAGUCUCUAAGCAUCUUACAAAAAUUUUAGAGCAUAAAUUUUUAUAUGACUAGUAUUGGGGAGAAUCGGUUGAAAAACUCCUUUGCAGAUUUUAAUACCUGUUUUACAAGUUGUAAACUUGGAGAGUCAGUGUGAUAGGAGGUUCAAAUACAGUCAUACCUUGGUUCUCGAAUGUUAUGCAUUCCGGAAAUCCAUUCAACUUCCAAAACGUUUGAAAACCAAGGCAUGGCUUCCGAUUGGCUGCAGGAGCUUCCUGCACUCAAUCGGAAGCCACGGAAGCUGCGCUGGACAUUUGGCUUCCAAAAAAGUUUGCAAACCGGAACACUCACUUCCGAGUUUGUGGCAUUUGGGAGCCAAAACGUUCAAGUCACAAGGCGUUCAAGAACCAAGGUACGACUGUACCUGUUCAGCCAUAAAGUUGGCUGGGUGCUCUUCGGCUAGUCAGUAACCAUUUCCCAGUCUCACUUGUAUCAUAGGGUUGUUGUAAGUAAGGAUGGCAGAUAAAUUCAAUCCAAUCCAGUUUAAUGAUUUAUUAAAUGUGUAUACCAUCCUUUAUCUGUAGAUCUCAGGGUGGUUCACAACAUAAAAAUACAGGAUAAAAACACAAAAUACAUAAUUUAAAAAAAAGAACCAAAAACCACAAAUCAAUAGCCCCCUUCCUCCUUCCGCAAGUACAUUUAAAAGGGGUAUAAGAUAAUUUUAUUUCACAUAAAUAAUUCACUCUUUCGGAAACAAUGCAUAAAUUGAAACACCGUCAUCCUUCCAAAUUUGCCUUUCUGAAUUUUGCAGGCAGUUUCCCCAACCAAGUCAUAUGUACAAAAAGGCACAUGCUAGAGUUAAAGUGUGCAGAAAAUUGCAUAUGCUAGUGGAAAAUGACACAAAAAAUGCCGUGUAUUGAGGGGGGGGAAAUACUUUGCAAAAAAAUAUGCAAAGUAGCAUUAAAUGUGUAUAGCAGGAGAAAAUUGCAUUAAAAUGCUAAUGAAUUUUCAGUAGGACUUCAAAAAAAUGUAUAGCAGGCAUGGAAAUGUGGGGUAUUGAACUUAAGGCUGGAAAAAUUAUAUCUGUGGGACGUCAUUCUACCACACCACCGAUACAGGGUCUAUAGAAUGGCAACAGCACCUCCUGCCCCUUUAUUUGUUUUUUCCAUGAAAAAUUCAGUGAUCUCAGCACCUCCUUGCUGGCUCAAACCAAUAGGCUUGUUUGGCUCCGGCGAACUGCUAAGAAACCAUCCUGGGAAUGCUACAGAUUCAAAGCUGCCAGUCUCCUUGCCGCUGGCAGUCUUGCAGAGGAAACUGAAGUUCUUGGAUUCCUGUUUUUUAUUAUAUAGAUCCAUAAUUUUUUCUCCCUUAAAAAAAAACCAAAACAUUUUCACAACAAUCGGCAAAAUAAUUUAUUUAAAUUCAUCCAACAAAACAAGAGACCCUCUGUUGCCUCAUAAAAUCCUCUGCAGGGUUAAGGAGGCAUGGCAGUACUGAGCAAUCCUAAGUAUUGGAAGCCAGUAGAACUCACACAAGCCAGCCUAAGUUACCCCUGCUCCGAAUUCCAUUAUGUUGGUGGCAAGGAAAUAAAUAUAGGUAUUAGAAGAGAAUUCCUGGAUGCCAGGGUGCAGGUUUGGGGCAAGUACUCUUUGGUGAGAGAACCCCAGCAGAAAUUUAAAAUCACAAAAUAUGUAGCAAAGUAAAGGGUGGAAAUAUAGACUGUUAGACCUUCAAAAUGUACCUUUCUAAGUUCCUUCAAAGUUUGUCUCUUCCUCCAAAGGCCACACAUUUAAUAAGUUAAAAAUUGGUUUACUUACAAACACUUCAAAGGCCAGGUUCAUGUGCUUUCCCAUACAUCAGUCAGAAGACACAGGCAGUAAAAAUUGGCUUAGUUACAGUGGUGAAAGUUCCUAAAUUAUUGGUACAGGAACUCAAGGGAGGCUUGUUAGAGCCAUGUGGUCUGAGCUUGGAGCAGCCAGCUAAGACCUCAUAUGCUGAGCUUCUCAUAUAGACUAGGGGUGACAAAUAUGGAAUCAAAAGAGACAUUGAAGCACAAAUGAUACUCACCACUAACUUUAGCCGAGGUUGACCACCAACUUCCACACAGGACAAAGUACGUUGCCCAUCUUCCUUACCCAUAAAGAUGGCGGAUGUUCUGUCAUCUUUUUCCCCAAUAAUUUUAUCUGGGACCACAGCAAUUAACCCCUCUGGAGGUGAGCAGCUCAGAAACAGGAUCAGUGGAGGGAAAGAGAGAGGAAGAGCGGGAGGAAGGGAGAGAGAAAGCAUUAUUGCUACAGGAGUCUUAGGUGACUGGAAGGCCAUCAAUCAGAUUGAAAGCUGUUGAAGGGACCCAUAAGAACAAGUCUCUAGAAAGGAGCUCAACCCCUAUACUAGAAGUAUGUCCAAUGUUCAUAUCAUGAGAGGUCCACUGCAUAGCACAGGAGCUUGCACAACGCACAAGCAAUUUUGUAUCUUGAAGUGACCUUCAGUCCUCUUACACAUUGUUUUUACAAAAAAAAUAUUGAAACCUCCUAAAAUGGGUGCUAAGCUCAGAGGUAGCACACAUUGUUCUGCAGGCAUGUGCUCUACCAGUGAAUUACAGACCUUCCCUGUCAACCAUUAUAACAGGUGAGGGUAAAGCAACAGCUCUCAACACCCUUGGCUAUUGGCCAUGCCUCUUAGGGCAACUGGAGGGUCAAACUUCCCCUGCACCUGCAUUAGAGGCUUGUUUUGUAACAUUGUUCUUUGUUGCUUCUGUGCAGUGCCUGCUGCUUGUAUCUUGUCCAUGGUGUCUCAUUUUAGUCCAUAGCAGCCUUUCGCUCUGCAAUCUCAGAGUUAUUUGUUCCAUUUGGGGAGCUGUUCUCAAGCUGGAUGGGUUUUUCCAAUUGAAACACCCUGCCAGCUGUAUCUUCCUGCUAUGGCUUGCUAACUAUCCAAAUGUGUAGAUCUGAAAGAAGGGAGCCACAGAAAGAUAUUUCAAUAUAAGGCUGUGGUGAAUCUACUAUGGAGGCCACUCACCACAGUUGCAACACACAUGCAACAUCUUUUCCUGUAGCAUGAAGACGGCAUUUUCUAGGCUGAUGAGAAGCAAGGCUUGCACAAUGCUGAUUGACUGGCUCCAUCUGUCAUCUCUAGCUGAAGCAGGAAUGGAGGACCUGUGCCUCCCUCUCAUGGUUGUUCUUAGACGUCAACUUCCAGCCAACAUGGCCAAUGGUCCAUGCAAUAUCUGGAGGGGCACAGGCUCCCCAUCUCCAAGUUUAAAAGUUCAUGUGUCAGGUGGUAUGACAGAUCAUUCUCUGACUGAUACCCUUGGAGAACCACUGCCAAUUGGAAUAAGUAAGACAAGAUGGACUAACCUUGGAAUAAGAGAGAUGGACCAGUGAUCUGGGCAUGAUGGAGCAAUGGUUUGACUAGGUCUAAGGCACCUGCCUAUGCAACUAGUGACUAAAGGCAUUGCAUUAGAACAGACUCAGCCCAGAACUCUCCUCUUCCCCAUUUCACAGUGGCUCUCAUGAAUCCCAUGGAUAAGUCCCACAAGAGGAUUGCUGAGCCUUGUUUAAGAAGAUGCUGCCGAGUCACUGGGUUGGCCUUGCAACUAGGCAAAGUGGGACACUCACUUCAGGCAGCACAUCCCUGUGUACCUAAGCUAGUCCAUUUCCCCUGGGUGUGGUCAAGGAUGUUGCCCUAUUACUAGUGUUGAAGUAAGAUUCAACUGCCACUGCCAGGCAGAUUCUAGCAUAUGUGGAAUGGGAAGACCCUAUCUUGUCCUUCACCCAAGACAACAGGGCCGGCCCUACCAUUAGGAAGAGUGAUCCUAUCUUGUUCCUAGCAUUAAAAAAAUAUUCAACUACCAAUCCAGUUAACUUCCAUGCCUGGAAUGAAGGAUGGGCAUUAGCUUGUCCUUUGCCUCAGGCAGAAAAAUGUCUUGGACCAGCCCUGCUGAAUCAGACACCUCCCUGAAACUAGGUUACCUAGUUCCAUUGAAAACAGCCAGCCACCUGGGGUGGAGGAACUGAGAAACAUGGUAGGAGCUGUUACCUGGUGAGUUGGAAUUUCUGGGAGCUGAGAGCAGCUGGUCACCCACUAACAAGAGGUACUUCUGGUUAAUAUCCCAAAUUUUGAAGUACCAGGGAUCUGGUAAUGACUGGAUCACAACCGUACCUGGAUGGUUAAAAAGGCAAAAAUUAAAAAAUCUAAACUAUUGGCAUAAUGAUGAUUGGCAUAGUUUGGAAACUUAGCUUGAGCUAUGAAUAGAAAAGUAAAGAAUCAUUUUUCACCUGGAGGUGGCUCCUUAAAAUGAUUGAAUAAAUCUUUCAUUUCCUGUUGUACAGUUUUGUGGGGCUUCCUCAUUUCAGCCUCCCCCAUUUUCUCCAUUUCUUCUUGAUGAGUGGUUGAGGUUCAGACUGUAUGAAGUUCAGAUUUCUGCAGGGGGAGCUUUUAAAAAAGAGUGACGUCUUACGCUGCGAUCCCCGAUGAGCUUCCGGUUUGGUUUAUUUCAUCUAUAGACCAUAGAAUGACAAACAGACAGUAGCAAUAUAUGAAACUACACAAUUCUUAUAACUAACAUCCUUUGUACUCCCAAUGAUGUGAACUAUUGUAAAACCUUUGUCAAUUCAUAGUUUGUUUGUUUAUUUGACUGUAUGUUUGUUUGUUUGUUUGUUUGAUUGUAUGUUUGUUUGUUGGUUGGUUGGUUGGUUGGUUUGCUUUCUUGGCAUAAAUGUAUCUAUUUUAAAGCAAUAAAGAUAUACACGUAGAUCAUAGAAUGGUAGAGUUGAAAGGGACUAUUCGGGUCAACUAAUCCAAUCCCUUGAAAUAUAGGAAUCUCAGCUAAAGCGUGCAGGACAGUGUCUUGCCAAAGGCAAGGUGGUUCUUUUAAAAUGAGAUUCAGAAGCAAUACAAAAUACACAAGUGAGUGAGAAGAUUAAAGAUUUUAUUCUGAAACAGCAAACAAUGUAUACAUACCAAGCAAGCACUUCAAUCUGCCACUUGGAAGCCCUCAAGAAGUGGCAAAGUGACUCCUCCAGGUAGCCUCAGUUUGCACAGCCCUGCAGCCGAUCAGUCCAUGCAUGGGCUUCAGAGAAACUCUGCCCAAACCGUCAGAUUUUAUAGAUAACCUGUGUAGCCUUCAAGACUGGCUACGUGCAGAUCAUCCAUUAGCUACUCCCUCCCAGUGCCUCACUUUCUCAAACCACAACAAACAUGAAAGAAGGUACCCAGCACUAUCCUCCACAACUGAUAAGGCAGCUUCACCUCCUGCCAACAUUCCCAAACAUUGAGGACUGUUCUCAAAAACAUUCAUAUUGAAAAAUAGCAAUGAGAAGCCAAAAUGCAUUCCAUCAGAAAACUUAACAAGAGAGAGGGAAGGGGAAAGAACAGAGGCAGGAAGGGCUCCUUGUCAGACCACUAGCUCCUGGAUACAUUCUGUCUUCCAGAUGCAUUUCUCAUACAGUCAAACCUUGGUUCCCGAACAGCUUAGUUGCCGAACAAAUUGGCUCCUGAACACCGCAAACCCAGAAGUAAGUGUCCUGGUUUGCGAAUGUUUUUUGGAAGACAACCAUCCAACGCGGCUUCCGCAUGAGUGCAGGAAGCUCCAGCAGCCAACCGGAAGCCACUCCUUGGUUUUCAAAUGGUUUUGGGAGUCGAAUGGACUCCUGGAACAGAUUAAGUUCGAGAACCAAGGUACCACUGUACAGACAAAUAGCCAUCUAAGCUCUGCUUAAAAACCUCUAAGGAAGGAGAGUCCACCAUCUCCCAAGGAAAUCCGUUCCACUGUCCAACACAGCCCAUAGUUUGAAGUUGCCUUGUUUCGAAAGAUAUAUCUUGCACAAAAGAAGCAUGAUAGAUGGGGAACAUUGGCAAGAGGAAAGGCCAGAUACAAAUCCAUUGCUUCGCAGAUGAUUUGGCAGUGGAAGCAGACAAUCUAGCAGACUGGUCCUUAACCUGGUGCCUUCCAAAUGUUGUGGACUCCAACCCGACUUAGGGGUUCAUAGAAGAUGGGAAUAGCAGUCCAAUAAUAUCUGGAAGGCAGCAGGUUGUAGAUGACUAACAUUUCAACACAGAGACAGGCAGUUCAGAUAAGUAAUUAAGGAAGUGGUACCUGCGCUGGUGCGAUAAAGUCCUGUGCCUUGGGAGAGAUCCUUCUCUCUCUGCUCUCCCCUGGGAUUUGCACAGCAUUAUAUUGCUGCUCAGUGAGGCUGGUAGGUGUGGUUUGCAUGCUUCAUGCUUAUUUACAUGUCAGAUUCUUGGCACUUGAAAUACUAAUUUAACCAGUUUUUCAGGUCUAUCAUCUGCACAAAACUUCACAGGCUCUUUGGGAAAUGCCUAGUUGGAUUUCCAUCUGGUUGUUGGUUUGUUUUUUAAGUUCAGUGAUAAAAGUACUUCUGAGCAAGGAUGGAUUCACUUGACCAUUUGUAUUAUAAAACAUUUGAGAGAAAAGAGAAGACAGAUCAUUCUGCAAUGCUGUUUGCGUAAGUCUAUUGCAUACAGGAUGUGCUACCAAGUUUCACACUUGCGUUGCUAAAAGAACUAACUACGAAGACUCAGCUGCUGAGUGUAUUAAUUGAUUGAGAUUGACCAACAAGCCUCAUCCCCCAUCUCAAUUAAAUGCUGUUGCUUCCUCAUUCCUUUGGCUGCUUUGAUCUCCAGCAUUAAUUGCUAGCAGCCUGGCGCCAACUUUUACACAGUAAGGAAUCCAAAAUUCCAGAGACAAAGGCUUGAAGCUUCUUUAUUCCAUCAACUCCCUGAAGGAAUACUCCAUUCCACUCUUCUCCAAACACUUCUCCCCACCUUUUCCUCUCUUCCAGAUCUGCUGGGGGUGAGGCUGACGUUUGCUGGGCUCAUAGUCUGCACCAACCACAAGAGCAAGAACAACCUGGAAGGCUCUUGUGCUCAGCUUAACAAAUGGUAGCACAUUGGGCAUUAUGCAUCUUGUGUCCAAGCAAGUGCAUCUUGCACACUCGAAAAUGACAUUAAAACUAACUGCCUUGAAAGAACUUCUUGAAAAGGUUGGCUCCGAUCCUACUUAGAAUGCUAAGAAUGAAACCACUCCCUGAACAUUAUGAAGAGUCCUUUGAUUACAACACAAUCAUUCCUUUGCUUCCUCAGUACCUGAAUAACAUUUGCUGGGGACUAGGCACCUCAGAUAUGCAGAUGACACAACAUUGAUGGCAGAAAGUGAGGAGGAAUUAAAUAACCUUUUAUUGAGGGUGAAAGAGGAGAGCGCAAAAUAUGUUCUGAAGCUCAACAUCAAAAAAACGAAGAUCAUGGCCACUGGGCCUAUCACCUCCUGGCAAAUAGAAGGGGAAGAAAUGGAGGCAGUGAGAGAUUUUACUUUCUUGGGCUCCAUGAUCACUGCAGAUGGUGACAGCAGUCACGAAAUUAAAAGAUGCCUGCUUCUUGGGAGAAAAGCAAUGACAAACCUAGAAAACAUCUUAAAAAGCAGAGACAUCACCUUGCCAACAAAGGUCUGUAUAGUUAAAGCUAUGGUUUUCCCAGUAAUGAUGUAUGGAAGUGAGAGCUGAACCAUAAAGAAGGCUGAUCACCGAAGCAUUGAUGCUUUUGAACUAUGGUGCUGGAGGAGACUCUUGAGAGUCUCAUGGACUGCAAGAAGAUCAAACCAAUCCAUUCUUAAGGAAAUCAGCCCUGAGUGCUCACUUGAAGGACAGAUCGUGAAGCUGAGGCUCCAGUACUUUGGUCACCUCAUGAGAAGUGAAGACUCCCUGGAAAAGACCCUGAUGUUGGGAAAGAUGGAGGGCACAAGGAGAAGGGGACGACAGAGGACGAGAUGGUUGGACAGUGUUCUCGAAGCUACUAACGUGAGUGUGACCAAACUGCGGGAGGCAGUGGGAGACAGGAGUGCCUGGCGUGCUCUAGUCCAUGGGGUCACGAAGAGUCGGACACAACUAAACAACUAAAAAACAACAGGGAGAUCAUUAAUGUGCUUAGGUCCCUGGCUAGCAGUUGUGGGAACACAAUGCUUGGCUAGAUCACCUACUAGCUUCAUCCAGUGGCCUCUUCUUACAUUCUAUAUUUUCUGGAGGUGGGGUUUUAAUAAAUGAGGAACAGUCAUUUAUUGCCAAAUCCUUAGGGUAACCAGAGACCUAAUUAGCAGAAACUAAUUCAGUAUAGCGCCUCCAUUCUGGGAUUAACUCUAAACACCGGUUCAUCCCUAUAAUAUCUGCCUAAUAUCUGUAGCUUCCAUUGUUGUUUCCUCAUCCGCCCCUGCUUUUUGUAACAUGGGUGGAGGACCUUCACACUAUUUUGUUACAUUUGGGACCUAAUAAAGAUUUCUGGCCAACACCGUAGAUUUUGACCCUACAUAUUUGUGGUUAUCAACACUAAAACCCGCCAACACCAAAUAAUAAAAUGACUGGGGGCUCACACUAUCGUGAAAUUGCAAAAUGUAUUUCCCAUUUCCUCACUCAGUAGCUGGUAACUUUCCAGCUCUUGUGCCUUGGCUGUGUGAGAGUGAUUUUAUCUUUGCCUUCGUGGUUGAAAUGGAAACAGAGUAUUUUGGCAAUACUCCAGGAGAAGGGACAGAAGCAAGUUUUUACUUUCAUCUGGAUUCACCAAGGCUCCAACCUGGCACCUCUGUAUUUGUAUUUUGUUGUUGUUGUUUUUUAGUCGUUUAGUCGUGUCCGACUCUUUGUGACCCCCUGGACCAGAGCACGCCAGGCACUCCUGUCUUCCACCGCCUCCCGCAGUUUGGUCAAACGCAUAUUCGUACCUACAAGAACACUAUCCAACCAUCUCGUCCUCUGUCGUCCCCUUCUCCUUGUGCCCUCCAUCUUUCCCAACAUCAGGGUCUUUUCCAGGGAGUCUUCUCUUCUCAUGAGGUGACCAAAGUAUUGGAGCCUCAGCUUCAGGAUCUGUCCUUCCAGUGAGCACUCAGGACUGAUUUCCUUCAGAAUUGAUAGGUUUGUUCUUCUUGUAGUCCAUGGGACUCUUAAGAGUCUCCUCCAGCACCAUAAUUCAAAAGCAUCAAUUCUUCGGUGAUCAGCCUUCUUUAUGGUUCAGCUCUCACUUCCAUACAUCACUACUGGGAAGACCAUAGCUUUAACUAUAUUUGUAUUAUUAAUGCAUAUUAAGAAUAGAUGAAGCUGCCUUUAAGCAAGUCCAGAGUGCUUCUCUUUCACCACUAACUUUGGAAAACCUUCACACUAGAGAAAUUAGGGGAAGGUUCUCUAAGCUGCAUAGAGCUGUAACGUCAUGCAUUAACAGUCUAAGGUACCAUCCCAUCCAGCUAUUUCUUUUUUUAAAGCCUGCAACCAUUGUCUGAGGCUUCACCUUAUACCACCUAAGGAUUUUUGAACCUUGAUUAUGGUGUUCAGAAUCAUCACAUGUGAGUAACCUAACAAGUUUACUUGCAGGGUUUUAGAGAGCUUCCUGGGAGAGUUUUUAAUCCAAGCCCGGUGGUCAAUUGGCAGACCAACUCUGCAUUAUGAAGAUGACUGCAAAUGUGACAUGAAGGCUGACAACGUCAACGCUGCAUUGUGGGAAUCCAUUGCAGACAACUCCAGUGCCUGGAGACAGACAGUCAAGUUGUGUAUCCAUAGCAGUGACCAGAGAAGAAAUGACCACUGUGAGUAGGCAGACAGAAAAAACAGCAUGGUGCAUCCGCAGCAGUACAACUGGAUGCCUUCAUCUGCCCUAGCUGAAACAAAACAUGUCUCUCUUGCAUUGGUCUCCACAGCACCAGCAGGCACUGUAAUUCUCCAACAGUUUGUCCUCACCCCCUAAGGUACACUGACCCAUUGUCUCCCAAGACAGACAGAUGCCAAGCAUGGAUAGCAGCAACAUUCUGAUUUUUUCCCCUAACACCAGUGGAUCUGAUCUAUUAGAAAUGGCUGCAGGUUUCAAAAUAAAACAAAGUGAUCUCAGCAGCUCUUUGCUGACUCUGAGCAAGCGGCUUGUUUGGCUCAAAAAGGGCGCUCAUGAACCAACCCAGAAACAUCAUGGAUUUAAAAGAGAAAGGCCCUUAGCUCUCUCCAGAUCUACUGUAAAUAAUGAACCUCUUUCAGUUUUGUUUUGUUUGUUUGUUUGUUUUUUAAAUAAAGCUCUGUAAUGCAUGUUUCCUAAGAAAUUAUGAAUGCUUAAUAAAAAAUGAAAGGCUUGUUGUAUCAAUAAGACAGUGUGGCUGUUGGAUGAGCAUAUCUCCACCCCCGGGAACUUUAAUUACCUGUUUACUUUAUUCUUUUUCUUUUCUCAGUUUUACAGCAAAGAAAAGACAAGACAAAAAAUAACUGAAACCAGUAAAAGCAAACUCACAAAGCUUUCAAUUAAAAGGACAGUAGCCCUUAAAGGUCUGCAUAGUGCUUUACCUCUCCAGACUGGGCAGGCUUCCACUGCAAUGAUGUCCUCUUGCAAAAAGACUACCAACCUAUGAGGUCUGAAAAAUCAUGAAAGGGUGGUGCAAGAGCCUAUUUUGUGAUAUAGACAAAGCGAUUUGGAACGCUUGCUGAGGAAAUAGGAUCCUGAGUUUUGCCUCCAUCCAAUGUGCUUCUAAAGUUUGAUUCCUCCUCCUCCAUUAUUUCCACCACCACCAUCAUCAACAACAACACUGGCUAACUGGUGUGAACUAGGGCUAACUGGUGUGAAUUGGCUAACUCAGAUAUGUGGAGGGAGAUUUAUUUGGUGGUAGGAUACUAACUGCCAGAAUAUUUCCCACACGACACUGCUAAGCUCCUGAACAGAAUUUGGAUCAAUAUCUCCACUUUGUGGAAUAAAGGAGGAACAGCACUUCCAUAAUUCCGUGUUUUAUUCUGCUUUUCUCUUGUACAUGGCUUUAUGCUCUAUAAAUUUGUAUAAUACUAAUAUUGCAGUCCAGGGGUGAGGAACCCAUGACACUCCAGAUGUUGAUUCAGGUGGAUAGCCUUGUUGAUCUGUCAUAGUCAUAAUAAAUAACAAGGUGAAAGAUGAAACAAAGAUGAAAGAUUCCAGAUCAACUAAAUAUAAGCUUUCAAGAUAUGAGCUUUCGUGUGUAAUACACACUUCUGUCAGAUACUCUGAAGCGGAGGUCACUUCAACCUUAUAACUGUUGAUGACUGUUAUCGCAGUUGGUUCCACAAGGAAGGGCAAGGGAUUUUUAAAGCGAUAGAGGACCAAAAUUAGCUUUAGUAUGUAUAAUGAGACAUGAAUCCAAUAUCUCUAUUCAGACCAGGUCUCUCCAUAGUUUUUAGUUUGGUAAUGAGUUGUAAUUCAGCAACUUCUCUUUCAAGUGUAUUUCUAAAAUUCUUUUGCAAUAAGACAGCCACUCUAAGAUCCUGCACAGAAUGGACUGGGAGAUUGAAGGGCUCUCCUAUUGGUUUCCCUGCUUUAUGAUUCCUGAUGUCAGAUUUAUGCCCAUUUAUCCUUUGGUGUAAAGUUUUCCUUUUUGUCCAAUAUAAAGAGCUGAAGGGCACUGUUGGCAUUUGAUAGCAUAUAUAAUGUUGGAAGAUGAACAAUUAAAUAGGCCUGAGAUGGUAUGUGUCCGGGAACUGCCAUCGGCUCAGGAGCGGGGCAGGGGGAAGGCGGAUGGAUUACAGAGAGCCCCCAAAGAUCGUGGGAAGCAGCACUUCCUCAGCGGAGGAAGGAAGUCACGCCUCUAGUGGGGAGGAGAUGUAGGGCUCAGAGGAGGCAAGGCGGUGCCAGGACACCUUGCCUGAGCAAAGCGGGGAGGAGAGAGGUCCCCCUUUACCCAAGCCUUCCUUGCGCAGUAGGCUUUCACGCAGAGAGGGGAGGCGUAGGCUGGGGGUCAAGAGACUACUCUACUGGGGAUGAUUUAAGGACCGCCCACUCUCAGAUUCUGCUAGUGAAUGAGCAAGACAUGGAAUAGAGGCACUCCACAUUGUAAAGGUUUUUUAGCACCAAUAAUAAAGCUUUAGAACAGACCAGUGAGGCAUCUUGCCUGAUUGCUCUCGAGCAACCACCCGAUAGCCAUUACAGUAUGUUUGAUGUUAUUGGGGCCAAUAAUGAUGCUGUCUGGGUGUACAUGGCAACAAAGUUGGCAUCUAGAUUUAUUGCAGGCUCUUGUGCCAGUGUCCAUGUUAAUUCUGGUUGUUGUAUUAUUGUGUGUGAGGAGCUGUUUAAGAUUGGGUGGCUUUCUGUAGGCAAUGAAAGGUUUUCCUCCCAGAGCUCCAGAUGUUGGUGGGCUCUAACUACUGUCAGCCCAAGCCAGCCAGGGAUGAUGGUGACUAGAGUCCAUCACAUACAGUAACCUUUGUGCAAACAAAUAAGGACGUGCACUGUUAUAUAACCACCCUACAAGCAAAUCAGAACAAAUGUUCAAUGAAGAGCGGACAUUGUAUAACCUCUGUACAAGCAAAUCAAAGAGUACUAAAUGAACAGAUCAUCUAGGGGAGCCCUUAGACUAAAGAAGCCACUUUCCCUACAUCUAUAUGAGUUUGAAAAUUUCUGUGCAGCUGCACCUCCAACUUCACCCCCAAUGAACUAUGGGCCCCGCUCUGGUAGAAUAAGUUGUCAAAACCAGGCGAAGGGUCUGCAAAAUUCAAGCAGGCAGAUGCAAGGGAGGUUUGAUUGCUUUCUCACUGAAGCUAGUGCAGCAUAUAGCUUGAAAUCAAGAUUUACCAGAACCAUUUACUGUAUGUAGAAAGACCUUUGCCUAAGAAAUCUCCUGCAGUUUAUUCUUAAUGCUUGUUGCUAGUUUUAGAAGUAUUUUUAUUCCCCUUGCACCAUUUAAAUACCAGAUGGACUCCAAUCACCAUAAAUGCAUGUAGUUUUUGUUUUGAUUACAUGGAAAUCCUGCUUGGGUGUUGCCUUCCAUGGGAUCUAGUCCAUAUCACACCCACAGACCAUCAUGCUUACACAGCUCAGUAGAUGGUAUAGAAAGCUGUCCAGAAAGCAGAAGGUUCGGGGAAAGCUAAUAUUCUAAGCAGUGCCAGAUUUAGGGCAGUGUGGGUGUGGAAGGACUGAAGGAAGGCUAUAUUUAUGCAGGUACCUACUUAGAAGAUUCAUAAAAAGCAACUGCACCAAAAGGAAGUUUUGUGAAAAUAAGAAAUAUUUAAGGGGAGGUGCCAAAUUAUAGCUUUGCUCAGGGCGACAUAUUACCAAAGUCUGCCCCUGUUCUAACACACGGGUAGAAAGUCCAGAGCAAUAAUUGAAGGCGCUGAUGUGAGAAAGUACUGUGCCUUAGUGUGAAAGAUCCCUCUCUGAAGUCUCUCCUGGGCUUUACACAACAUUUCAUAGCUGCUUAAUGGCACUGGUGGGUGUGAUUUGCAUGCUCAAGGAAACUUUGUGUAUCAGGAUGCUUGAGUAAGGCUUGUGGCAUCCUAUUGUUCCCAGAAGCUGACACUUGGAAAAGUGAAGUAAAGCAACAAAGCUUUUACAGGCAAGAGUCUCCUCUCUCACCUUCUUUAGCAUCUCUCAGGCCCUCUUGAGAAUGCCCAGGUGGAUUUUACCUCUUGUAUUCAAAAGGUGAAUCCAUAUAACUAUUUUUUUUAGUCUUUAAGAGAGAGAGGUGGAGACAGUGCCUUCUGCAAUGCUGGUUGUAUAAGUUGGUUGUUGUUAGAAAUGAAAUAAUGGCCCCCAAGACUUAAUGCUUUGAGAGUCUUAAAAAUAAAAUUAUCUUGGACAAUAUUGGUAAAUUAGGAAGGCUUUAUUAGUUCAUUUGCGCAGAUGGGUGCGUGCUGUAGCAUGGGAUGCCAACCAGCAGCACACCGAUCGAGAAUUAUACAUGGGUUUUUAAAGUCUGUAGUCACUCUCUCUCUCUGCUCCCUCACAGAGAAGAUGUGGAAAACCCCAAUUGGUCAAAGACAAGCUGUAUAUGACAUAGGAACAUUUUCAAGCUAAGAUUCUGGCAUAAUUUAUAGCAUAGGAUUUGCAGCGAGUCAAGGAACCUGUCUGAUGUAUACAUUUGGCAAUCGUACAAUACCGGAGACCUUGAUCCUCAAAGCAUGCCCCUUAGAUAAGGGUGCUUCCCUUGAGCUAGCCAGCUUCCCAGCUUCCUAGCUUCCUACAGCAGUUCAGCUGGUCAGGUCAGGUCAGGUUGGCUUAGUUCACUCACAGUUCACUCUUUACAAGUAUUUAGCCUGGGAGACUUACUUUCUGGUGUUACUUUCAGUGUUGGGGUGUCCCUAUUAGCAUACCCUAGUUUUAGCUUUUGAGGUAUAUUCUGUCUUUGGUCCCUUAAGAGCAAUCUUACAAACUUACAUUUUUCAAAGCAUUAUUCUCUAUUGCUCAAAAGUGUCUCUGCUCUGGGCUAUUUUGAGACGUGCAGGGUAACCUGUCCCCAAGGUAACUGUCUGUCUCUUAUCUUCAAGUUCAUAAAUCCAGUUGUCUUGUCCUUUCUAAAGCAGUUUUCAGAGUUUCCCUAUUAUCACAGUAUUAAGAAUUCUUAGCUGUCUUCUGUUCAGACAAACUCUCUCUACUCAGCUUUUAGGGUGCCUUUUUAGGUCCCCGCAUAAAUAGUACUAUCUAAGGACAGACAGUCUUUUAUGGAUUUUGAUUGCCUUUAAAAUCAUUAUCUAUAAAGCACCUUUAAAUUCAAUUGUAUACAAUAAGCAGCUCUGUACAUUUUUUAGUCACUAGGGGUCUCUCUUGGACAUGUUUAACUCCUUGCCUUUCCUGGAAACACAGCUGCAAUGUGCCGAUCAGAAGGUCGGCGGUUCAAAUCCCCGCGAUGAGGUGAGCUCCCAUUGCUCGGUCCCAGCUCCUGCCAACCUAGCAGUUUGAAAGCACACCAAAAAAAGUGCAAGUAGAUAAAAAGGUAGCGCUCCACCGGGAAGGUAAACAGUGUUUCCGUGCGCUGCUCUGGUUUCGCCAGAAGCGGCUUAGUCAUGCUGGCCACAUGACCCAGAAAAACUGUCUGGAGAAACAUCGGCUCCCUCAGCCAGUAAAGCGAGGGACCCCACAACCCCAGAAUUGUUCACAGCUGGACUUAACUGUCAGGGGUCCUUUACCUUUUAGCUUCAAAAGAAGUCUGCUUCCUUUGCCAAGUCUGACUGUUCAGCGGUCAGAGUGAACCUUUUAUCUUUCCGUAAAAAUGAUAGCUGCAAUUUCCUUGUGUUUUUGUAGCUUGAGUGAAUACUGGAAGUUCUGAACAUGUUAGAACUGAAAGGCAUUUUUUUACUUGAUUAGGAUAUACAUACAUUGGCAUUAAAACCUCCUUCCUCUUCCAGAAGUUCUAAUCCCCUUUUACUUUUUCAAAAUAAAACUGAGUGAUCUCAGAACCUCCUUGAUGACUCAAACGAAUAGGCUGAUUUGGCUCGGUCAACGUGCUUAGGAACCAACCGGGGAAUGCUGCAGAUUCAAAGCUGCCAGUCUCUAUUCUGCUGCCACUUUUAGAAAAAAAAGUGAAGUUCUUGUGUUCCUUGCCAUCGUUGUAGAGAUCCAAAAUGGCUUUACCCUAUUUAAGAUAAAAAAAAGCAUACAAAAGGUUUAGUAGAAAGAAAGCUUCUGCUGCAUCACAAAUGAAUGCCAUCCGUUGCCUGGGAGAAAGCGAGACUUGGGGCUAAAUCCCAAUGAUUGUAACCAAAGCAUAUACAAAUUCAAAGUUUACUGGAAGCCUCAAGUUUAAAUCUGGAUUGUGUCAUGAAUACACCAAGCAUUCAGCCAUGAGAUAAGCCUUUCAUUCAAAGGAUGGGAGGACCUGUGGCCCUCUAGACGUUGUUGGACUACAAUUCCUAUCAUCUCUGACCAUUGGCUGUCCUGGAUGGGGCUGAUGGGAGUUAAAGUCCAACAAGUUCUGACCCACCACUGGUUCUUCAGCUUCAAUUCCUGUCUGCCUUUCAUAAGUUUGAAUCUUUGUUUAUAUACCAAAACAGGAAUUGUUUCACUCCUGAAUUUAAAAAACAAAACAAGAAAUAGAAACAGAAGCUGGAUAAUUAAGGAGAAAUUCAUAACUAAUGAAGAACCUACUGCAGAACCUACAAUCAGGAAAUGUUUGCUUUCACUAAAAGGACAGAAGCAACCCGUAAAAACCUCAGUAGAUCUUUGCCUCUCCCAGUAGACAGGCUAAGAAGACAAAGGAGAGGGAAGAAGCACAGAAGGAUAACAGAGAGAAGAAUGGAAUGCAGUGAUUAAGGAAAAAAAGAAUGAGCAAACAGCAGAGAAUAUCUAAAGUCUUUGUCAUGGUGGAUGCAUCUAAACAAGCAGAAGAAAUUUGAAACAAUCGAAUGUGGCUUUGAACCAGAAGUGAAACCCACCUCCAAGGUCAGCUGAGGUUGACCCCCAGAUUCACCACAGGAGAGGCUUUGUGCUCCAUCUUGGGUGCCCAAAAAGAUGGGGAAUUUGUUUUCAUCCAUCUCUCUGUUGGGGGUCAUAGCCACCAAGUAAUCUGGAACCAAAAAACAGGCAAAGAUCAGUGUGAUAAGAGUGGGGUGUGACCAUGGAAAAGUUAUGGAGCACCAUUUCUGACCCUACUUGAAGACAGUGCUGCUGUAUCAGACACUUCCUGACACCUGGUUACCCAGUCCCAGAAUUUGCACAAGUGUUCAAUCAGUAGCAGUGUAGGUCGCAGCAGAGAGAUGUCAAGGGAUCAUAACCAUUGUUACCGGGUGAGUUGCCAUCUUUGGGGGCUGCUACCAGCAUGUUGUUCUUCAGGAACAGGAACUUCUGGUCGAUAUCCCAAACCCUGAAGAGCCAUGGCUUUUCUAUGGGCCUUAAAUGAUCUGUGAUGAAAAGAAGUAACACAAAUUUAUCAACACACAAGAAAAAAUGGAAUAUUCUAAAGAAGGAACAAACAACUUUUCAGACAUAACUUUUUUCUUCUGUGUUGGAGCUGCAAUUCUUUUCUCCCCCUUUUGCACGAAGUGGUAAUAGCCAUGGUUGGCACAACACAUUUUCCAUGGUGGCAACAUUGUGGAGUUUCUGAUGUGAAUCUAGGACUUCCUCUAUCCUUAAGAUAUUGCGCAGCAAGUCAUUAAAGGUGUUCCUAGUGUAUCUUUUUUCAUUUGGUAUUAAGAAUACAGGUUUAUAUAUUGCCAAAGAGACAGCCUAGUUGUCUGGCUGUUUUCAGCUUUAAUCCAAUGGGAUCCAACCUGGCUGAAACCCAAGGACACUAGUUUGACUGGUUUCUCCAGGUGAAAUCCAUCGACUCCCCCUGCUGGUGUGUGUAUCAGUUUCCUUUUGACUAAAGGCCCCUGCUUUUUAGAGGAGUUUUGAUUCUGACCAUGUUCUUGCCCUCCUGUACAAUGGGAGAAAGGCAUAAGCAAAAUAACCUAGGGCACAGAGCAUGGAUGUAUGCACAUACGAAUGAAUGAAUGAAUGAAUGAGGUUAGCUAAUGAAGCAGGAUAUCUAUUUGGUUAUCUGCAAGUAUAUUUGCACACAAUAUCGUCCAUGAAAUAUGUACUUUAAAAAAACAGUCCUGAUUGUUUACCACCCCCAUCCCACGCCCCAAAAUUACCCAAUAAUUCAGGAUAAUAAUUCAUGCAUCUGGUGAAAUGGGCUAUAGUUGGAAUGGAAUGGAAUGGAAUGGAAAUUCUAAUUUAAUUUAAAGCUCAUUGCAGGUUUUCAGAACUUGUCUUGGGCAGGAAAUAUAAAAGCAAAGCACUGUUUUCACCUGGCUUAGGAAAGUGAUGGAAUAAAUCUCUCAUUUUCUGGUCCGCAGUCAUCUUGUGGGGCUUCUCCCUUAAAGUCUCUGUGUCUACUUUCUCCAUUGCUUCCCAAGGAUUGGUUGAGAUUCAGGCUACAAGCUCACUCUUCUGCAGUUGUAGCUAUUAAAAGAGAGGGAUGUAAAAUGUUAGGGGCUGCAAAAAUACAAAGUUCCGUUGAUUGCCCUUCUGCACAAUAUCCCAGGAUCAACAUAGAUGCAAAUGUACAUAGGUAAUUUUAUUCAUAAGCCACAUUUACAUAGUUCAAACCAUGCUCAAGGCGGCUAACAACAUUUAAAAACUACAUAAUCACAAAAUAACAACCAAACUGAACAAGUUCCACAUAAAUCAUAAUAAGAUCUAAAAUCAAAUAUCAGUAUCAAUCAAAAAUUCAGUGUCAAUAAUAGCAACAACCCAUUGCCUAAACAAUACCCCAGGACAAGUCUCAGCUUUUGUAGUUGGAGUCCGUCCUGGCCCCACCUCCCAGGCCAGGUGAAAAAGGCCUGCAAGGCAGAAAGCAAGUCUUCCACGACUCACAGCCAAUAUAAAUUAGCCAGGGUGAGGCGGGACUAAUUACGCAACCAAUGUCCAGGAGUAAGAAUACAGCAACAGAGAAUCAGACAUUAUGCCACUGGUAUGAACUGAUGCAAUAUAGCAGAUCACUAAAUCAGAUCUUCCACCUUCUUGAAAUUUAAAACAGAUACACAGGCUUCCAGUUUCUAUCAGGAUAGAGGCUCUGGAGGUGAAUUUUUAAUCCUUUCCCUUGUGCUGAAUCAAGCUUAACUUUCAUUCUCCAAACAUUUGUAUUACCCUCUUUAAGGGGAGAAGCAAUGAAGGACAGAUCUGCUGGGCUGGGCUGGACUAGGGAGGCGAUAUAUUUCUUUAAAAACAUAUAUCCUGCACAAAAGAACAUUACAAAAGAAACAAAUGUCUCUGCCUUUGUAUUACAAGAAGUUCUCAAAAUAGCUUACAAUAAAUUCAUUUUUAAAAAUAGCAAUGCCACUUACAGCCAAAGUAAAAUGAGAAUAAGGCAAACAGCAGUCCAGAAUGCUUAGAAAGGGGAAACAAAAAGUACACCUGAAUUAGUAUUGUUAAUUACAAUUAAGUGACAUUAAAAUCAAGGAAAUGUGUCUCCCUCAGCUUCACUGCCCACCAAAUGACUAUAAUGAUAGAUGGGGGAAAUGGGUCUGAGGAAAGGCAAAACAGAGAUUUCCUGCCUCUGAGAUAAUCUGGCAUUUGAAGCAGACAAUUUAGCAUAGUCUUCCGUAAUCUGCGGUCCUCCACAUGUUGUGGACCACAGCUCCCAUCAGUCUCAACCAGGAUACCCAAUGAUCAUGGAUAAUGGAAACUGUAACACAACAAUAUCUGGAAGGCAAGUAGCUGGGAAAGGCUAUGAUCUCAACUAGCUGCCUUCCAGAUAUUGCUGGAUAUCUGGAUAGAAGGUUCAGAGAAAUAAUUGAGGAGAUGCUACCUGUCCUGGUGUGAGGAAGUCCUGUGCCUUGCUAUGAAUUGUCUUCUGAGAUUUACACAGCAUCUUAUAGCUUAGUCAGACCAGUGGGUGUGGUUUAUAUGCUCUGUGACACCUUAUAUGGCACAAACACAUAUCCAAGUCUUGCAGCAGCAGCCAGCUGUUCCGGGAAGCUACAAAUGCUGUGAUAGUUCAAAAUCUGAGGGCUCCUCCCAACAUCGUUUUUAUUCUGCAUUUGUGAUCAUUUAUGCUCAUGAUGGUACUGAGGUGGUCACAUGCAACCCCAGUUUCAAUACUGUUUGUGACUAGGGAUAGAGGUGAAAUUUGAUUCAGUGUUCAUAUAAACCUGAAUCUUAUUAGAUUUGCACAUUCCAAACAAUAUGUGAACUGAAACAAAGCUAUCCUACGUUUGUGGUUCUCCAGAUUUCGCAAUGCAGUUCUCCAUCCAAUCAAACCAUGUUUAUGAAAUUGCAUAUAUUACAGGAAAGUGUCAGAAUAAUGGACACAUUAGUAAAAUGGCCUUAGGGAGCCUUUUUUCACCUACUUCAUACUGUUGGGAGUUUUGUGUUGGAGUGGCAUUUUUGGUUGGUUUUACUGGCUUUUAGACUGAGCAUGUAAGGGAAAAGGAUGCAUACCUGAGGUAUUAAUGGGUUAAGGGGUUUAUGGGGUGUAAUGGGGAGGGGCAGUACCAGCGGUGGUAGAUCCAUGGUGCUCCUUUUUACGGUAGUUUGUCCACCUUAGGUGCCCACUCCAUUCAGCUGUCACCUGUAACUCCUAGAAGCUGUCAGCAUGCAACAGCAACCACAGCCUGGGAACAGUUUCGCCUAGCCAGUUAAACCAGGUGAGGGUAACUGAUAGACCUCAAACCCACAGUGAGUGCAUGUGAAGACAGACUCUGGCAGAUGAGACCAAUAGUGGGUCUAUGUGCUGCAUGUGCUGUAAGAGAAAUAAGGGGCAGUUGGCACUCAUCAGUCUGGGAAGGUAGCCCAUCUAGGAGAAGGAAAACACUGAUCCUAAACGUACACACCCUUGCAAAAUAUUUUUGGGAGAGGAAAAGCCUAAGGAGGUUUGACGGUGCCUUGUACGCCUCCUUCUGGCCACUCCUGCAGCCAAGCUGGUUCCAAAUGUACUACUCUGUUUCCCUUUGGGUCACAUCUGUGUCUUGUCAUCUGGGCAGCCCAGGACCUCCAUACACAUCCUGGGGAGGUCACUUCUGUGCUGCUAACACUGACUUUAGCCCCAGAGACAAACUCCAUUGUUUCUCGAAACAGAUGAAUGCCACAAUUGGGUUUAGGGCACCCUUAGGUUACCCAACACCAGUUUAGGUUUGGCGGCUCCCUUGGGGAGCCCUUUAGACUUGGCAUACACACCAGGCAGAACACCAAAUCAUCUGUGCCAUGCGGCACUUGUCAAAUUCACUUACCCAAGAAGGAAUAACUCCUUCCAAUCAUUUGCUGGCCACAGGAUGAGCCUGUAAACAUUCCCAAGAGUGGAGGGAGUUGAUUCCUCCUGCCUUAGGAAACUACCCUGCCUGGACUAUCUUUUGAUUUGGUUAAUUGUUGUCGUUUAGUUGUUUAGUCGAGUCUGACUCUUCGUGACCCCAUGGACCAGAGCACGCCAGGCACUCCUGUCUUCCACUGCCUCACGCAGUUUGGUCAAACUCAUGCUGGUAGCUUCGAGAACACUGUCCAACCAUCUCAUCCUCUGUCGUCCCCUUCUCUUUGUGCCCUCCAUCUUUCCCAACAUCAGGGUCUUUUCCAGGGAGUCUUCUCUUCUCAUGAGGUGGCCAAAGUAUUGGAGCCUCAGCUUCACGAUCUGUCCUUCCAGUGAGCACUCAGGGCUGAUUUCCUUAAGAAUGGUUAACAUAAACUCAGCCGGCAAGCCACGCACUGCUAAAGGGCACGGUUGGUUUGACCAAGAGUGCUGCACAAAGAAGGAAGCCUUAAGGAACGCCUAUUUGACCUAUAGAAACGCUGGAUUAAGCUACUUACCUCAAUCUUAUUUCAAAAUUAAAAAAGAGUAUAAAGCCCUUUUGGCCUCAAAAAAAAGGCAGUCCGAACAAAAUUCCUGGUCCCUACUAUUGAAUGCCUCACUAAGCAAUGAAACUAAACUCUUUUGGCAACUGGUCUCCGACUCAAUGAAAAAUAGUUCCUCAGCCCCCAGCUGUGUCAUUGCAGCUCGGGUUUGGGAGAACCACUUCAGAAAUAUAUUUAUGGAAAAUCCAAACCUCCCUUCCAGUUUACAGGAGGAUGACGGGGCAGAAUUGUCACUGCUCCCUAAUUGGAGGCCGGUUACUGUGGAGGAAGUCCAUACAUUAAUUGGGAAUCUGAAGAGUGGAAAGGCUCCGGAGAAAGACUUUAUCCCAGCUGAGUUGAUUACAUCAAACCAGCACUGGUGGGCUCCGCUUCUGGCAGCACUCUUUACGGUAGUAAAUAACUCGGGUAAGGUACCAUAUAGCUGGAAACAUGCUAUAGCAGUUCCAAUCUUUAAGAGAGGCCACCCAAAUGUACCUUCCAAUUAUAGGCCUAUUAGCCUGCUCUCAAUAAUUGGGAAACUGUAUGCCCGUUUCCUCAGUAGCAAACUGACAACUUUUCUAAAUGAACAUAAUAUACUAUCUGAAGCCCAGGCAGCUUUUCGUGAGAACCAUUCAACAACAGACCACUGUCUAAUGCUGUCCUUCCUAGCUGAGAAGUAUAUCAGACCUCUACAGGGUAAACUCUUCGUGGCCUUUAUGGAUCUGAAAUCAGCAUUUGACUCCAUCCCCAGAUCCCAGCUAUGGUCCAAAUUGAGUCUGAUUUUGCAGGACAAACGACUUCUCUUUCUUAUAAAAGCCCUGACAAUGGAACCAAACUGCAGGUCCGAUGCGGUCGACAGGGACAGCUAUCGAACAGCAUCGAGAUGACUAGGGGGGUGAGACAGGGUUGUAUUUUGGCCCCCACAUUGUUUUGUCUAUUCUUAAAUGACCUAGAAGAGAACUUAAUGGACCCAGAUGGACACAUUCCAAAAAUAGGAAUGAGAAGGACCCCUUUGUUGUUGUAUGCUGAUGACACAGCCAUCAUCUCGCGUUCCAGACCGGGCUUGAAUUAUCUGUUGAGGAAAUUUUCUGAUUACUGUUCUGGAAAUGGUUUAUCCAUUAAUUAUGAAAAAUCUAAAAUUUUAGUCUUCGAAAGAAGAUUCUCCCAGUCUAAAUGGGCGCUGGAUGGCCAUAACCUUGAACAGGUAAAAUACUUCAGAUACCUAGGGCUCACAUUCCAUCAUACAGGAUCUUGGAAGCACCAUUGGCAAACCUCCCUUCAAAAGGCGGAGAUUACAAAGCUAGCCAUACAUAGAUUCUUCUUCACAAAGGGCGGCAAAUAUGUUCCAGCAGCCUUAAGGGUUUUCAACGCAAAGCCCGUUUCCCAACUCCUGUAUGCAGCAAAUGUCUGGCAUAACGGGGACCUGCCAAAGCUAGAUGGCUUUCAGGCAAAAUUUAUACGAUCUCUGCUGCAGGUACCUAACUGCGUCCCUAACUCCGUACUUCUGUUGGAAGCUGGUGAAUGCCCAAUUUCAGCUAGAGCGUGGUGGGCUGCCCUAAAACAUUGGCUCAGGAUUUCAGUGUUUAAUCUAGGGAAGGGUCUGUGCCAACAUUUGACCAAUGAGGAAUUUGUCAGCAAAUGGCAGAAAACCAUGGCUAAAAAAGCCACCUCUAUUGGUCUGUCUCCCCCCCAACUGUAUUACCUGGGCUAUGAAGGCGCCCAAAAGGUUUUAAAGCAAAGAUUAUGGGACAAUGCACACAGUGACUUGCGAUCUCGGUCACACACAGUCUGUAGUCCGCUGGCAGCAGGAGUUCAAUAUGGGUAUGUCUUUGUGUUAACAUCUUACAUCAAAAACCUAACAGUACCUAACUAUCGAAGGCUUUUCACCAAAGCCAGACUGAAUGUCUUCCCCUCUGCAGUGCUGGAUGGUAGGUUGAGAGGAGUUCCCUACCAGGACAGACUUUGCUCGUGUGCUCAAGACAUCGAUUCCAUAGAUGUGCGAAGUAUACAUUGUGCGAAGUAUGAGCAGGCCAGGGCUGAACUGAUACUACCCUUGCUGGUGCCUUUCCCAGGAAAGUCAGAGGCUCACUAUGUCAGGUUCCUACUGGAAGACCGGACAAAAGCUAGAACGUUGGCAGUGGCAAAGUUUUUAUCGGUGGUUGCAAGAACAAAUGAGCCCUAUAUUCCAAACAAAGUGCUUGAUUAACCAGGAGGUAGACUGUAUGAACUCUGUAUUAAUUUGUAAUGUUUUGUUGGGUCUCUGGACCGUAAUAAAGAUUGAUGAUGAUUUCCUUCAGAAUGGAUAGCUUUGAUCUUCUUGCAGUCCAUGGGACUCUCAAGAGUCUCCUCCAGCACCAUAAUUCAAAAUCAUCAAUUCUUUGGCAAUCAGCCUUCUUUAUGGUCCAGCUCUCACUUCCAUACAUCACUACUGGGAAAGCCAUAGCUUUAACUAUACGGACCUUUGUUGGCAAGGUGAUGUCUCUGCUUUUUAAGAUGCUGUCUAGGUUUGUCGGUUACAUACAGAAUAUGCAACAGAUUUUCUCAUUUGGAUUGUUGAAAAGGCCAAUUAGGAAGACUCACAAAUAAGCCUCAUCCCCAGUGCUUUUUUUAAAAUAAAAAAUAAAAAAUGGUGCUGGUACUCACCAUGAACUUGUUACAGUAAAUGACACACUUUUGACAUUGGGGGGGGGGAGGUGCCUGUACUUUGUACCCAGGAGUAUCCCCAGAAAAAACACUGCUCAUCCCUUUUGCUACAUCAGCCCCCAGCAUUCAUAGGACUGGAAAUCAACCUACAAGUGCUGUGUGCCCCACAUAACAGAUGAACACAAUUUGGACAUUCCAAAUCUCAUGUUUACAUAAGUGGAUCUUGCACACUCAUAACUGAAAUUAGAGCUGACUGCACCCAAUAACCUUUAUGGAAAUAUGAGCUGAAGCCCUACUUGGUAUGUAAAUAAUAACCAACAACUCCGUACACAUUGUUAAAACUCAUUUGAUUCCAACACCACCUUUCCUGUAUUUCCACAGCACAUGAAUAAUAUUAGCUGACGUAUCUCUGAUCAUUGCUAAAUUGAGACUCAUAUAAUUUGCUUACUAAUUUUAAGAAACAGAAAUUAGUACUAGUGCUGAUUAGUACAAGUUUGAAACAGGAUACAAAUUUCUUUUUAAAAUACUGUAUCUCUUCCAUACAAAAUAUAGCUGGACAGAAGAUUCCCCCAUAACCUCACCAUGUUAGAUGAGCAGUUUGCACUAAUGUCUUGGUGGGGGGUAUCACUUCAAAACUAUAGUCUUCAGCUUUCUUCCACGCUUAAUCUCAAACCAUAACUGAUACAUAUAUGUCCUCCUUUUGCCUUAACUUUAAGAAGAGCCCAGCUGAAUCAGACCAGCUCUCCUAAAGUGGCCAACCAUAUUCACUAGGGAAUCCUAGAAGCAGGACAAUGACCCUCCCCCAAUUUUGAUUCCAAAUAAAUGGCACUCAGUGACAUAAUACCUUUAAUAUAGAGGUCCCAUUUAGAUUUUUAAGAUCUAUUGUGCCUUUAAUUAAAAACUUUCUGUGUUUUCAGGUUUUACCUGUUUUAUGUGUUUGUCCCUGAUGGGGGAUAAGUUAUGAAUUGUCCCAUAGUUAGCUGGCUUUUCAAAGGAACAGAAUGGCCUUUAAUUAGUGGCUUCCAUUAUUUUUGCUUUCUUUUUCAUUUUGUGGGGAAAUUGUGUCAUUUGCUGUAAAAGUGAGAAAAGAAUAACAGAAGCCAAUAAUUAGAGCCCCCUUGGAGGGAACAGAAACUUCCUCAGGACAAUUCACUGCUAAUCCAACAGCCAUUGGUACAAUCGCCCUUUAAAAAAAUAGAUUGAUCAAGCUUUCCUUUCCAAUUUAGCAUUUAUGUUUUCUUACAUGAGUGUGUUUGAUUUAAAAAAAUGAAAUAGCUUCACUUUCUACAGUAAGACCAAAGGAAACCCAAGAGACUUGCACUUUUGAAUAUGUAGUGUUUCUGGCAAGGCUUACCAUUUGAACUGGGUGUGGAUUGGAUCUAGAAAAGUAUGGGCUGCAUAAAUAUGUCCACAACUAAUUAGUGCCACCAAGGGAGGACAAGGGAUGGAUUUUCCCAUGGGUGAUGAGGUGCUUGGCUGCUGGAUUUAUUUAGCUUGCGCAAUAGACCUAUGUACAGAUAGUACAAAAAUGAGCACACACAAAACUGUUUUCACCUAUGGGAUAUCUUUGCUGGACUGCAGCAAGUGAAGGAAAAUUAACUGUGUGUGAACAGCCACACCUAACUCAUUCCUAAGUGGUGCUAACACAGUACACCAUACUUUUAAAAGGCGUGGUGCUUGACUAAGGGCCUCCACUGCCAUAUAUUUCAUGUUUUAAGACAGAGGGGGGUGACCUGUGGCCCUCCAGAAGUUGUAAUGCUCUAACUCCCCUCAGCCCCAGACAGUAUGGCGAGUGCUUCAGUCAGAUUUAAUGCAGCGUGACAGGUUCCCUCACACAGCGCGCAGAGGUCAAGGGGGUGCCUCCCCUCCUCCUUCCCAAAGCCUAGUAAGUUCUGGGAUUUUGGAAGUACGCAUGAGGGCUUUGACAGGAUCCUAUUGUCCUCCUAGGUAAAGGGACCCCUGACAGUUAAGUCCAGUUGCAGACAACUCUGGGGUUGUGGCGCUCAUCUCGCCAAGGGAGCCAGCGUUUGUUCGCAGACAGCUUCUAGGUCAUGUGGCCAGCAUGACUAAGCCAGUUCUAACGAACCAGAGCAGUGCAUAGAAACGCCAUUUACCUUCCUGACGGAGCAGGGCCUAUUUAUCUACUUGCACUUUGUGCUUUCAAACUGCUAGGUUGGCAGGAGCUGGGAGCUCACCCCGUUGCAGGGAUUCAAACCGCCAACCUUCUGAUCAGCAAGUCUUAGGCUCUGUGGUUUAACCCACAGCACCACCCACGUCCCUUGUUGUCCUCCUACCUUCAUCCUAAAGCCUCAUUAGAACUUGCCCAACUUUGGGAAGGAGGUAGGAUGGAUCUAGGUCUCACGCAUCCUCCCCAAAGCCAGGUGCCUCCCUUACCCGGCUUUGGGCUAGAAGAGGGUUAAAUUUUGAAGGUCUGUCCCUGCAUCAGGAUGAUGGGAGUUGUGUUCAACAUCUAGAGGGCCACAGGUUCCCCACACCUAUUCUUAAAAGAUAGUCGCAUCCACCUGCUUCAGCAGGAUGGAAAAAGGCUCCCCAAGGCCAAUCAGAGACUCUUCCAAAUAUUCAUUUUCUCUCUCUCUCUCUCUCUCACACACACACACACACCCCAGCAGGCAACUGGCCAAAAGUCCACACUGCAUAAGGAAGGAGGGCACUGCAAAAGAGGAGUGUGAGCAGAAAUUCAGUUCUCUACAUUUUGCAGCAAUUUGCAUUUUUAAAAAAUUCCUCAUGAAGAUUCACUAGUAUUUUACUGCAAAUUUCUCCCACUAAAAACAUUUUCUAUGCAGUUAUGACUAGUGUACACAUUUUUGUGAUCAAUUUCCCCCGAUAUAAUGCAUUUCUGUAGAUUUUUACUAAUGUGUCCAUUAUACUGCACACUUUCCUAUAAUAUAUGCAAUUCCACAAACAUUAAUUGAUUGGAUGGAGAACUGCAUUGCGAAAUCUGCAGAACCGCAAAUUUAAGAUAGCUUUGUUUCAGUUCACAUAUUGUUUGGAAUGUGCAAAUUUGAUAAGAUUCAGGUUUAUAUGAACACUGAAUCAAAUUUCUCCUCUAUCGCUAGUCUCAAAGAGUAUUGAAACUGGGGUUGCAUAUGACCACCUCAGUACCAUCAUGAGCAUAAAUGAUCACCAAUGCAGAAUCAAAAGGAUGUUGGGAGGAGCGCUCAGCUUUUGAACUACCACAGGAUUUGUAGCUUCUCAGAACAGCUGGCUGCUGCUGCAAGACUUGGAUUAGUGUUUGUGCCAUAUAAGGUGUCACAGAGCAUAUAAACCACACCCACUGGUCUGACUAAGCUAUAAGAUGCUGUGUAAAUCUCAGAAGACAAUUCAUAGCAAGGCACAGGACUUCCUCACACCAGGACAGGUAGCAUCUCCUCAAUUAUUUCUCUGAACCUUCUAUCCAGAUAUCCAGCAAUAUCUGGAAGGCAACAAGUUGAGAUCAUAGCCUUUCCCAACUAGUUACCUUCCAGAUAUUGUUGUAUUACAGCUUCCAUCAUCCAUGAUCAUUGGGUACCCUGGUUGAGACUGAUGGGAGCUGUGGUCCACAACAUGUGGAGGGCCUCAGAUUAGGGAAGACUAUGCUAAAUUGUCUGCUUCAAAUGCCAAAUUAUCUCAGAGGCAGGAAAUCUCUGUUUUGCCUUUCCUCAGACCCAUUUCCCCCACCUAUCAUUAUAGUCUUUUGGUGGGUGGGGGGCAGUGAAGCUGAGGGAGACAUAUUUCCUUGAUUUUAAUGUCAAUUAAUUGUAAUUAACAAUACUAAUUCAGAUGUCCUUUUUGUUUUUCCUUUCUAAACAUUCUGGACUGCUGUUUACUUUAUUCUCAUUUUACUUUGGCUGUAAGUGGCAUUGCUAUUUUAAAAAUUAAUUUAUUGUAAGCUAUUUUGAGAACCUCUUGUAAUACAAAGACAUUUCUUUCUUUUGUAAUGUUCUUUUGUGCAGGAUAUAUGUUUUUGAAAGAAAUAUAUCGCCACCCUAGCCCAGCCCAGCCCAGCCCAGCAGAUCUGUCCUUCAUUCCUUCUCCCGUUAAAGAGAGUAAUACAAAUGUUUGGAGAAUGAGGGUUAAGCUUGAUUCAGCACAAGGGAAAUGAUUAAAAAUUCACCUCCAGGGCCUCUAUCCUGAUAGACUCUGGAAGCCUGUGUAUCUGUUUUAAAUUUCAAGAAGGUGGAAGAUCUGAUUUAGUGAUCUGCUAUAUUGCAUCAAUUCAUACCAGUGGCAUAACGUCUGAUUCUCUGUUGCUGUAUCCUUACUCCUGGACAUUGGUUGCGUAAUUAGCCUUGCUUCACCAUGCCUAAUUUGUAUUGGCUGUGAGUCCUGGAAGACUUCCUUCCUGCCUUGCAAGCCUGUUCCACCUGGCCUGGGAGGGUGGGGCCAGGACGGACUCCAACUACAAAAGCUGAGGCUGCUGAGUGACCUUUUCCUGGGGUAUUGUUUAGGCAAUGGGUUGUUGCUAUUUUUGAUACUGAUUUUUUGAUUGAUACUGAUAUUUGAUUUUAGAUCUUACUAUGAUUUAUGUCGAACUUGUUUGGUUUGGUUGUUAUGUUGUAAUUAUGUAGUUUUUAAAUGUUGUUAGCCGCCUUGAGCAUGGUAUGAACUAUGUAAAGGUGGCUUACAAAUAAAGUUAUAUAUAUAUAUAUGUAUCUAUGUUGAUCCGGGGAUAUUGUGCAGAAGGGCAAUCAAUGGAACUUUGGAUUUUUGCAGCCUCUCCUCUAACAUUUUACAUCCCUCUCUUUUAGUAGCUACAACUGCAGAAGAGUGAGCUUGUAGCCUGAAUCUCAACCAAUCCUUGGGAAGCAAUGGAGAAAGUAGACACAGAGACUUUAAGGGAGAAGCCCCACAAGAUGACUGUGGACCAGAAAAUGAGAGAUUUAUUCCAUCACUUUCCUAAGCCAGGUGAAAUCAAUGCUUUGCUUUUAUAUUUCCUGCCCAAGACAAGUUCUGAAAACCUGCAAUGAGCCUUAAAUUAAAUUAGAAUUUCCAUUAUCCAUAUAGGCUCACAGAGGCAUAACAUACUGGGGGGACAUGGAGGCCGUGUCUCCUGGGGGCACAAUUUUGAGGGGGCACAAACCAAGCACCCCUAUGCAGGUGCUGGCUUCUGCGGGGAUUCCUGUCCAGCCCCGUCCUGGUGUGCCCUGCCCUCAGCUCCUCAUCCUUCCCUGCCUGCUGCAGGGCUAUCUGGGCCCCAGAGUCUGACCUGGCAUUGCCGCUACAUUCCAGGCCCCUCCCUAAAUGGCCAUCCUCCUUUCUGAAUGGCUGCCUGACCAACGCCUAGUGCUCACUUACUCCUCGCUCACUAUGCUCUCCCAAUGGUGAGUGGGCACGGAUGGAGGGAAGCAGACAAGGGGCAACCGAGCAAAGCCUGGCACUCCUCUCCAAGGGCAUCAGGGGGAUUCACCUGCCAAGGGCCACAAUUUGCUAGCUGGCUUCCACCCUGCGUGGGCAGGCAGGCAUUGCAGUGUGGCAUCAACAGCAAGGGCUGGCUUUCUGUAGCAGGCUCCCUUCAUCUUCCGCAUCCCACGCCCUAGUGCGCGUGCCUCCACCUGGCUCCCACCUGCCCCGGAAACCAGCAAACCAUGCUACGUCGCCGUAAGCAUGUACACCUGCUGAGUGAAAUGACAUUCCCCAUGGGGAUAUUUUCCAUGUUGGUGGUUUAACAUAAAAGCAAGGAGGACUUGUUCCUAAAAAAUCUAGCCGUGUUAGUCUGUUUCAGCAAAGAACAAGUGAUACCUGUUGGACUAUUUUCCUAACAAUAUAAGCUUUCAUGAACUACAGCCCAUUUCACCAGAGGCAUGAAGUAUUAUCCUGAAUUAUUGGGUUAUAGAAUUGGGAGGGGGAGGAGGGUCGUAAACAAUCACGACUGUUUUUUUAAAUUACAUAUUUCAUGGACGAUAUUGUGUGCAAAUAUACUUGCAGAUAACCAAAUAGAUAUCCUGCUUCAUUAGCUAACCUCAUUCAUUCAUUCAUUCAUUCAGUCGUACAUGCAUGCGUGCUCUGUGCCCUAGGUUAUUCUGCUGAUCUCUUUCUCCCAUGGUUCAGGAGGGCAAGAACAUGGUCAGAAUCAAAACUCCUCUAAAAAGCAGGGGCCUUUAGUCAAAAGGAAACUGAUACACACAUCAGUAGAGGGAGUCGAUGGAUUUCACCUGGAGAAACCAGUCAAACUAGAGUCCUUGGGUUUCAGCCAGGUUGGAUCCCAUUGGAUUAAAGCUGGAAACAGCCAGACAACUAGGCUGUCUCUUUGGCAAUAUAUAAACCUGUAUUCUUAAUACCAAAUGAAAAAAGAUACACUACGAACACCUUUAAUGACUUGCUGCGCAAUAUCUUAAGGAUAGAGGAAGUCGUAGACUCACAUCAGAAACUCCACAAUGUUGCCACCAUGGAAAAUGUGUUGUGCCAACCAUGGCUAUCACCACUUUGUGCAAAAGGGGGAGAAAAGAAUUGCAGCUCCAACACAGAAGAAAAAAGAUAUGUCUGAAAAGUUGCUUGUUCCUUCUUUAGAAUAUUCCAUUUUUUCUUGUGUGUUGAUAAAUUUGUGUUACUUCUUUUCAUCACAGAUCCUUCCCUUCAGUUAGGGAGCCCAUGGCUCUACAGGAUUUGGGAUAUCAACCAGAAGUUCCUGUUCCUGAAGAACAACAUGCUGGUAGCAGCCCCCAAAGAUGGCAACUCACCCGGUAACAAUGGUUAUGAUCCCUUCACAUCUCACAGCUGAGACCUACACUGUUACCGAUUGAACACUUGUGCAAAUUCUGGGACUGGGUAACCAGGUGUCAGGAAGUGUUUGAUAAAGCAGCACUGUCUUCAAGUAGGGUCAGAAAUGGUGCUCCAUAACUUUUCCAUGGUCACACCCCACUCUUAUCACACUGAUCUUUGCCUGUUUUUUGGUUCCAGAUUACUUGGUGGCUAUGACCCCCAACAGAGGGAUAACCCCAAAAGAUGGAAACACAUUUGCCGUCUUUUUGGGCACCCAAGAUGGAGCACAAAGCCUCUCCUGUGGUGAACCUGGUGGUCAACCUCAGCUGACCUUGGAGGUGGGUUUCACUUCUGGUUCAAAGCCACAUUCGAUUGUUUCAAAUUUCUUCUGCUUGUUUAGAUGCAUCCACCAUGACAAAGACUUUAGAUAUUCUCUGCUGUUUGCUCAUUCUUUUUUCCCUUAAUCACUGCAUUCCAUUCUUCUCUCUGUUGUCCUUCUAUGCUUCUUCCCUCUCCUUUGUCUUCCUAGCCUGUCUACUGGGUGAGGCAAAGAUCUACUGAGUUUUUUUUAGGGCUGCUACUGUCCUUUUAGUGAAAGCAAACACUUCCUGAUUGUAAGUUCUGCACUCGUUCUCCAUUAGUUAUGAAUUUCUCCUUAAUUAUUCAGCUUCUGGUUCUAUUUCCUGUUUUGUUUUUUCAAAUUCAGUAGUGAAACCUUCCUGUUUUGGUAUAUAAACAAAGAUUCAAACUUAUGAAAGGCAGACAGGAAUUGAAGCUGAAGAACCAGUGGUGGGUCAGAACUUGUUGGACUUUAACUCCCAUCGGCCCCAUCCAGAACAGCCAAUGGUCAGAGAUGAUAGGAAUUGUAGUCCACCAACGUCUAGAGGGCCACAGGUCCUCCCAUCCUUUGAAUGAAAGGCUUAUCUCAUGGCUGAAUGCUUGGUGUAUUCAUGACACAAUCCAGAUAUAAACUUGAGGCUCCCAGUAAACUUUGAAUUUGUAUAUGCUUUGGUUACAAUCAUUGGGAUUUAGCCCCAAGUCUCGCUUUCUCCCAGGCAACGGAUGGCAUUCAUUUGUGAUGGAGCACAAGCUUUCUUUCUACUAAACCUUUUAUAUGCUUUUUUAUCUAAAAUAGGGUAAAGGCAUUAUGCAGCUCUACAACGAUGGCAAGGAACACAAGAACUUCACUUUCUUUUGUAAAAGUGGCAGCAGCACAGAGACUGGCAGCUUUGAAUCUGCAGCAUUCCCGGGUUGGUUCCUAAGCACGUUGACCGAGCCAAACCAGCCUAUUCGUUUGAGUCAUCAAGGAGGUUCUGAGAUCACUCAGUUUUAUUUUGAUAAAGUAAAAGAUUAGAACUUCUGAAAGAGGAGGAAGGUUUUAAUGCCAAUGUAUGUAUAUCCUCAUCAAGUAACAAAAUGCCUUUCAGUUCUAACAUGUUCAGAACUUCCAGUAUUCACUCAAGCUACAAAAACACGAGGAAAUUGCAUCUAUCAAGAGUAGGGAUGGCUGGAUAGGUCAAUUUUGGUUGCUCUCGGUUUCUCAUUUUUCCAGUCUUGUUCAGUUCUCCUCAUUUCCAUAUUAGUUUGCAUUUUGUUUUUAAAAGAGUCCUUGUGUUUAAUCUUGUAUUUUAUUCAGAUGUUUUAUCCUAUGCUUGUUUCUUUGUCCUUAUCUGCUCCAACAUUUAUCAGUUAAAAAAAUCCUAACUGCUAUUUUAUUUAUCUGUUUGUUUGUUUUUUUAUCCUGGUCUGUGACCGUAAUAAAGUUCAUUCAUUUUGUUUUAAAAAGAGUCCUCAGGAAUAUUCAUCAGCAUUCUGGUGCCAAUUUCUCAUUAACGUUCACAUUUCUGCAUGCAAUUGUACCUAGAGUUCUAAAGUCCUUUCUAGUCAAGUUGCAUGGGAUCACUUCCAAUCUGUCACCUCUGAAGAUGUGGACAGGCUGCUUGGAUGAGUGAAACCAACCACCUGUCUCCUUGAUUCUUGCCCAUCCUGGCUCAUAAAAGCGAGCCAGGAAGGGCUGGGCGAUGGGCUCCGUGGGGUGGUGAAUGCUUCCCUCUGUGUGGGAGCCUUCCCAGACCCACUGAAAGAGGCAGUUAUUAAUCCGCUUCUUAAAAAACCAUCUUUGGACCUGGCCAAUAUGGCCAACAACCCCCGUGUCUCAAAUCUUCCAUUCUUGGGCAAAGUGAUUGAGCGGAUGGUUGCUGAACAAUUCCAGGCACACCUGGAGGAUGUAGACCAUUUGGAUCCCUUCCAAUCAGGGUUCAGGCCUCAUCAUGGACUGAAAGUGCCUUGGUCUUGCUGGUUGAUGAUCUCCGGUGGGCUAGGUACAAAGGUGAAAGCUGUUUCCUAGUUCUGCUGGAUCUCUCAGUGGCCUUUGAUACCAUCGACCAUGGCAUCGUUCUGAACCAUCUAGAACCGUGGUUCCCAACAUGGGGCACAGGCCCCACAGGGGAGAAUUUGAUUUUUAAGGGGAACAAUUCGAGAAUGAGUUAUUAACAAUGACUUUUUGCAUUUCUUAUGGUUCUAGAGGCUUCAUAUACAGUUAUGUAAACAUAAAAAACACUGGGUGCAUUCAGGGGGAAGUAGCGCUUCAAGAGCUCUCAGUCAACAGUUGUGGAACUUCCCCCUGAAUGUGACCACUCCAUAGCUGCUAAGUUGGAGCGGUUGCCAUUUUUCGGAGCAGUGUUUUGGACCUCUACCUGCUCUGAGCACUGGUGAUCGGUGGGAAUUCAGAUACCUCAGGAAAUUCGCAAUUUAUCAAUGAGGGAAAGUAGGACACUUUCUUGUGGGUCCCAUGCUUUAUAUGUGAGGCAAAUAUAAUAAUAACUGCUAUAGAACUCUAAAUACAAAUAGUAAGUAGGAAAUAAACUUCGAUCACAAUUCCAUGAUAGUUAAUGCUACCAUUUAACUUCACUAAAAACUGUGUUCCCAGGGCUUUUUGUUAGCAAUUCAAUGGCACGUUUGGUAUUCUUUUGUCGUAAAGAGACAUAGGCAGUGAAGCUAGGUCCAAAACUUCAACUUGUGGGUUUUCUGACAUUACGGUCGACGUCAUUUGUUCAAUAUAAAAGGAGUGAUGGCAUGGCUUUGUGAUGAGACAGAAACUAAACACAGUGGUACCUUGAGUUAAGAACUUAAUUCGUUCUGGAGGUCUGUUCUUAACCUGAAACUGUUCUUAACCUGAAGCACCACUUUAGCUAAUGGGGCCUCCCGCUGCCUCUGCGCGAUUUCUGUUCUCAUCCUGAAGCAAAGUUCUUAACCUGAGGUACUAUUUCUGGGUUAGCGGAGUCUGUAACCUGAAGCGUAUGUAACCUGAAGCAUAUGUAACUUGAAGCAUAUGUAACCCAAGGUACCACUGUACCAAAAUUCAAGCGACUUUGCAAGAAAACGGUUGUUACUGUUCCUAUCUUCAUAUUUAGCUGAAUGCGGCUUUAGAGUUGUAAAUGAUUUGCUACUGAAGAAAAGAAAUCAGUUGGAUAUCACUAAAUGAGGAGACUUGAGACUGAAGCUGACUAAAUUGGUGCCUAAUAUAAAAUCUCUCUGCAGCAGGCAUGAAGCACAAGUCUACUUAUCUUGAGACGAGCUCAAAUUGUAUUUUGAAUUUGCUAGGUACCUUUAUUUUCUUGUAUAGUAAUUAAAAUGAUCAAAGUAUUACAGAAAAAGCUUCCAUUAAAAAUAAUUUAUAUUUAUGCAUCUCAGUUCUCUAUUAUGUUUUGAAACAUUCUUUGCUAUUUUUUCAUAUCACUUCAUAUUAUUAUUAUUUUUGUAACAAUUUCUUAGUGAUUUCUUCCUGAGUCCUUCAACUGUCCUUUCGUUCUUUUAUUUUUCUCUUUCAUGGAUGUCAUGUUCUUUGGAAGCUUGUUUAGACCACGUUAAUGGCCUUUUAGGCUUCCUCCACGUGAAUAGGAGCUCACUUUUUGAAUAAUAAGAAUGAUAUGUCAACGGGGGGAGCAUCAGGAUUUUAGAGAUGCUUAGGUGGGGCAUGGUCAAAAAAAGGUUGGGAACCACUGGUCUAGAGGAGCUGGAAACAGGGGGCACUGUCAUACAGUGGUUCCGCUCCUUUAUCCUGGACUGUGUUCAGAAAGUGGUGUUAGGGGAUGAGUGUGGGUGCCUUGGGGUUCCGUCCUCUCCCCCAUGCUUUCCAACAUUAAAAAGCCACUGGGAGAGAUCAUCAGGGGGUUUGGGCUGGGUAUUCAUCAGUAUGCAGAUGAUACUCAGCUCUACCUCUCUUUUAAAUUGGAACCAGUGAAGGCAGUGAAGGUCCUUUAUGAGUGCUUUGAGGCGGUUGGAGGAUGGAUGGUGGCUAACAGAUUGAGGUUGAAUCCUGACAAGACAGAAGUACUGUUUUUUUGGGGAGACAGGGGUCAGGCAGGUAUGGAGGACUCCCUGGUCCUGAAUGGCAUAACUGUGCCCCUGAAGGACCAGGUGUGCAGUCUGGCAGUCAUUUUGGACUCACAGCUGUCCAUGGAGGUGCAGGUCAAUUCUGUGUCCAGGGCAGCUGUCUACCAGUUCUAUCUGGUACGCAGGCUGAGACCCUACCUGCCUGCAGACUGUCUCGCCAGAGUGGUACAUGCUCUGGUUAUCUCCCGCUUAGACUACUGCAAUGCGCUCUACAUGGGGCUACCUUUGAAGGUGACCUGGAAGCUACAACUAAUCCAGAAUGCGGCAGCUAGACUGGUUACUGGGAGUGGCCACCAAGACCAUAUAACACCAGUCCUGAAAGACCUACAAUGGCUCCUGGUAUGUUUCCGAGAACAAUUCAAAGUGCUGGUGCUGAACUUUAAAGCCCUAAACAGCCUCAGCCCAGUAUACCUGAAGGAGCGUCUCCACCCCAUCAUUCAGCCUGGACACUGAGGUCCAGCUUCGGGGCCCUUCACUGCGAGAAGUGAAGUUACAGAGAACCAGGCAGAGGGCCUUCUCGGUAGUGGCGCCUGCCCUGUGAAACACCCUCCCAUCAGAUGUCAAGGAAAUAAACAACUACCUGACUUUUAGAGGACUUCUGAAGGCAACCCUGUAUCAGGAAUUUUUUAAUGUCUAAUGUUUUACCAUUUUUUAAUGUGCUGUAAGCCACCUAGAGUGGCUGGAGAAACACGACCAGAUGGAUGGCGUAUAAAUAAUAAAAAUAUUGUUAUUGUUAUUGAUAGUGAUAGUGAUAUUGAUAUUGAUAUUAAUUUACCUCAGUUCCCUUACAGCUGCUGUUUGUCUUUUUAAUUGUUCUCCAGCCAAGGUUGCUUCAGUCUCUCCAUCACUCACCCAAACACAUUCCUUCUGACAUUCCCAGCACACACGACCUUCUUCUUUCUCCUUCUUCUUUCUCACCCACUCCAUUCCUCCUCCAUUCUUGCCACAGGCACUGUGUUUCCCACGUUCUGUCACUCGUCUUUCAUCUCCAAUCACUCAGUGUUGCUCACUCUGCCCUUGCUUGCUUUCUCUCUCUCUCUGCUUCCCACGAUAACCUCGCAGGCUUGGUGUGCUCUGGGACACAUUUCAAUGCAUAUGGCAGCAGUGCUUUCAUCUGUGUCUGACUCAAGCACCUGUGGCUCCAUUGUCCUUCCCCACUUGCCCUAUUUCUGUCCCACCCACCUUUGGUGCAUAUGGACAGGUACAAAAGCUUUAGCACUAACAGAACAAGCUUAAGAAACCUCAAUAGGUAUAUGUCAUGGACACAACAGCCCCAAACUGGGAAGGGCAGUCUGAGCUAGAAAGCAGGCAGGCAAAAGGAGAACAAAGAGACUGGCAGAUUUCUCAGACAACUAGAGACAGUGGGCGAAUGCCUCCCCUCUCUGACGCUGGCAGGAAUGCGCCUUAUCAACAGAGUGAAGGCGGGCUGGAUGAGAGCUAGCUCUUUGAGGAAUCUCAGCCUCUCAUGGCACAAGGGAGGGGGAGAAUUUCCUCACCGGAACAGGAGGUAGCUGAACCCGUCAGUCCUAGAACUAGGCCAAUGGAAAGGGUCCAAGACAGAUGAAGAACCAAUAAAUGUAAGGGGAUAAGUUCAGGAUAUUCCGCAGGAGCCGGAAGUACUCUUCAGAAGACUCAACUUGAUCAUGAUAUAUAAAUUGGAAAAGACAAAGAUAGACCUCCGUCUAUUAUUUCUCAUCGAAACAUUAUAUACUGACACAUCAAUACAAGUAAAGGUGGAUCUGGCUGGCCAUCUCACCACUAGAAUUAAGACCACUACUGGAGUCAAACAGGGAUGCAUUUUGGCACCUUUCCUGUUCAAUUUUUAUAUUAAUGACAUGGUUAAAGAACUGGAGGGCCUACAGUUUGCCCCUGUCACAAUUCUCGACCAAAAACUCUCAGUUUUAAUGUAUGCUGAUGACCUAGUACUUGUAUCUAGAACCCAGGUGGGCCUGAGACGGCUGCUUGCAAAAUUAAGUUCAUAUUGCAUGAGGAAUGCUUUAUCUAUAAACUAUGAUAAGACGCAGGUCAUUGUAUUUGGGAAGCGUUCUAAAAGCAUGUUUGGCACCUGGAUGAACACAUCAUAAACCAAGUAAAUACGUUCAAAUAUCUGGGAUUGAUUUAUUCAGAAACGGCAUCUUGGAAUACACAGCUAUCCAAUAUUAAAUUGCAAGCCUUUAAAUCAGCAAAAGCCAUUCUGAAAUUCACUGCAUGUAAAGGUGGAAAUCUGGUCAACCCAGCUCUAUCUGUGUAUAAAGCAAAAACAAUGGCCCAGAUUUUAUAUGGUGCAGAGGUUUGGGGUACCUCAAAGGUCUCCGGUCUGGAACCCCCACAGAAUUAUUUUUUAAGAGUUCUUUUAGGUUUACCCAAAGACGUGCAAUCUGCCAUGGUCAGGUUGGAAACUCGCAUGUUGAGCAUAGAGAGCCAAAUAGAUAAAAGAAUUCUCUGUUACUGGUUUAGAGUUCAGCAGAUGGACAACACGAGGCUACCAAAAAAAUGCCUGAUUGAGCUCUCAAAUGGAUUACCCUUUAAAAACUGGGUACAUCAUGCUGCCCAACUGAUGGGCAAAUAUGACCUCUCAGUGACUGAGAUUAAAGAACUCCCCUUAUAUUCACAGAAAAAUAUUUUUAAACGAACCAUAAGGGCAGUGGCAACUAAAAACGAUCUAAACUCUAUGUGCACAUCUACAUGCGCCCCAUUGUAUUUUAAACUUAGAGAGGUCAAUGAACACAUAUCUUAUUUUAAUGAAUUGACUUUUGCACAGCUUCGAAAAGCUUUUACAGAGCUACGACUAAAUACAAUAAGCUCUGCUUAUAGAGAUGGGAGACAUAGAGGCAUACCAAAAAACGAACGUGUUUGCAUUAGGGGAUGUUCUGAAGUAGAGGACCUUAUGCAUUAUAUCUUGCACUGUCCGUUAUAUAAUGAUGCAAGAAAAAGAUUUUUGGUACCUAUAAUGACAGGGUCCCCUGGCCAGAACCCCCUUGAUAUGAUGUUAUAUCUCCUUGCAGACACAGAUAAGUAUGUGACCUGGCGGGUAGCACUUUUGCAACUGCUGCUAGGAAAAUUAGAGCAAAGUAUAUAGCCAAGGUAGCCAUUAACUGUAAAGGAGAUGAAUUUAUUUGAUCCUAUCUAUCUACCUCAGGCUAUGCUCUAUCUUUGUCACCAAACUCUGAGUAUAAAUUGCACACUGUAUUAAUUGAUAUUGUUUUUAACAUUAGUGACCAUGUGAUGAUUUUAGCUUAUGAAUUUUAUCGUUUAAUGUUUUUAUUUGUACAUUGGGGUACUUUUAUAGCUUUGUUUAGAGUAUGUAAUGUUUUAAUAAUAUAAAUGUUUUAAGUCUUUUUUUACCAAUUCAGUAUAUUUUCUUUUAAUUGUCAAAUAAUUCUGUGUACAUUGCGGCAGCCUUUGGCUAUGUGCAAUAAAACUGACUGACUGACUGAUAUAUGGACGCUCGGAGAGAGCAGUCAGAGGCUAAUUGCUUGUAUGCAAUAAAUCUUCUGUAAAUUACCUCUUGUGUGCCAUUUUCUCUUUUUUAAAAAAUAAUAUUUAUUAAUAGUUUCAGAAUUACAGAAGAAAAAGGAAAAAAUUAAAAACAACACUACAAUACAUAAAAAAGAAGAAAAAAAGCAAAACAUAAAAACCAAUGCAACAAUACAGCAAAAAGAUAAAAAAAAGAAAGAAAGAAAGAAAGAAAGAAAGAAGACACAAAUCCCAUAUUACAUAUCUUUGACUUCUAUUUGCUUGUUUCAUUGACCUCCUCACACCUCCCUUUUUGUAUUCUAGUUUGAUUAGUUAUUUCAGCAAAUUCUUUCCAUCUUUCUCAAUUUUUAUUAAAUAAUUUAUCUUAACAAUUUAACCUAUUAAUUAACUCAACAAAUCCUUUCCAUCUUUUCCCCAUAUUCUGUUAUUCAAAUUACCUUAAUUUAUUUAACUUUAUCUUACCGUAAAAUACUUUAGAGCUUAAAGCUUAAUACUCGAUUAUACAUAACUCCUGAUAUCAUUUCUACUAGAGUCAUAUAGUUUCAUUCCAACAUUUCCCCUAAUAUUCAUUAAUUUUAGGCUAAUUCCCUAGGGGAAAAAAAUUCUUUAUAAAUUUUCUUCCAAUCUUCAUCCAACGUCUCUUCUUCCUGGUCUCGGGUCGUGUCAGUCCUUACUGUCCAUUCCAUCUAGUCCAUCAACCUGGUAAUCUUAUGUCCGAGGCCCUUAAGUCUCUUCCAUGUCCCUUCUGUAGAUCUUCUUCUUCUUGUUUAUACUUGCCCUUUUCCUUGUCUUUUGUUGGUCUCUUUCUUAAUUUCUUUCCUUUCUCAUUGAGGAGUAGGUCUCUGGGGGAUUCCAACCCAAAAUUAUCUCCGUCUCCCUUCAUCAAACCAGCCCAUUCCCCACAGUCCCACUCCCCACAGUCAUCAAUGUAAUCCAAAAAAUAUUUAAAAGCAUAUUUCAAGGUCUCUCCAAAGUUAAGAACCUCCUCAGCUCCAGACUCCCCCUGGCCCACUCCAACUUCAAUCUUCAAAGACAGCGGCUUAUGCUCCUGUAGGGCCUCGGGUCUCUCCAUUUGUAUUAUUUGGGGUGCAACCGCAACCUCCUCCAUUGUCUUCUGCACUUGCCCAGUCAGUACAGGUUCCUGAGUUGGUCCCUGAAUGGUUUCUGUAUCAAUAUUCCCUGUUUGUCCACAGUUAUUAACCACAACAGUCAUCAAAUCCAUUUUCUCAUUCAUCAAAUCCAUCUUCUCAUGCAUCUGUUCCAACAAGGCACUUGUCACUUCCGGGGUGGCGCCUCCGGAAAAUGGCGGAAUUCCCUUUGAACUGAAGGGAACCCGCUGCACGGAGGCUUGGGUCCUGCCGCUACGGCGCAGCGGGGACCCUUAAAAACCACAGGCGGAAGAAGCCUGUGGACGUGGGACUCGGCGGGCACCGAGAGCGCUCUCUCCCCGUGUACAGGAGCCCGGUACCGGGCUCCGGAGUGGGAGGUGCGUGGUGCUGUGAGUCGAAGGCUUCCUCCGUGCAGCAAAGCCGCACUGCCGAUUUCGGAGAGCGCUGCCUUUUUCCUGGACAAUUUGGCAUCUAAAACAUCUAUCCGUGAGUACCUGAUCCUGGAAGAGCUGAACUACUUUUAAGAUUGGUGAAUAAAUAAAUAACAUUGGACUUGAACUUGAAAUUGAAUUUAAUUGGGACUCGGAACGGAAAGGUCUAAACAGGAAGUCGCCUUCCGUUCUUUUGUUACGUGAAGAAAGCAAAGACAAAUUACACUAAAGCUUGAAAAUUAAAUUCUGAGAGAACUAAAAUUCAACAUCUAAGAUUUCUGAACCCCCCUUUGACUGCAGGAGAAGAAGGGGGUUGUUUUGGUUUUUUCAACCCUGCGGAAGUGAGUUUAAAAUAAAGUAAUUUUCCACCGCCCUGAACCAGGAGCGGGCUGUCAGAACUGACGUUUUGAAGCUUAUCCAGCUCGACAGAUAGUUAAAAGAAGGGUAACAUUUUGAUUCUACUGUUGCCUCUUGAAUUUGGAAGGGGAAUUUUAGAUAAAGUGUUUCUGGAAAAAGAAAGAUUGUUGCUGUUGUUUUUCCCCCUCUUAAAAAAAAAUAAAAAAAAGGGCUUUCCAUCUAGUGGAACUGAGUGAAAUUGCAAUGCAGAGAGUUUAAAAGAUCUCGUGGGAAAGAAUUUUCUUUGACCUUGAAGGACAAUGCUUGUACAAAGGCUUGAACAAGUGUUCCUGGAAGGUUUUGCAAAAUUAAGUGCCCAGCUGGACCAGAUGCGUCAGGAGCCGACCUUGAUGAUGGAAGUUACCAGAGCACAGCAGCAAACAAAUGAAAUUCAGUUAAAGUCUAUACAAGUAUAUGAACCUGCUGUAGCGACGGAGGCUUCAGAGAUGGAGGGACCUUUGGAUGGGCAAGAUCAGCCUUUGAACUUGAUAAAUGAACUUGGGACAAACCUGAUUCGGAAAGAUGAAAUGUGGUCAGAUUUGGAAAUGGGGGGAUGGAUUGACACCCCUCUAUAUGGUUAUUUGGACUUUCCGAGUCUAGUGAUGGGACAUCAGAGGAUUGGAGUAGUCGAAGUCUCCAAGCUUUGUGGAAAUUGGAAGUGGUAUUAUCUGCUGUCUGGCUUGGGUAAUGGGUUUGGGAUGGACUUGCUGCAAAGAGUCAAAAGCAUCUUUUUGCUGGAGUAUCCACGACUGAAAGGGAAAUAUCAACAAGAGUGGCGAAAGGGGCAAGAAAGAGACUUGAGGGCCUCGGAUACGAGACAACCAGGUUAAGGAGCCGGAUUAUUGAGGUUAAAAGGACUGACAAUCCCGGGUCCAGGGGAGGGGAGGUUGGAAGCUGACUGGACUGAAUCUGACUUAUCAUUUUUUCUUUCUUAUUUUUUAAUAUUGGGAAUGUUUAUAAAUGUCUGAAGGAUGUUGAAUGAAAUUAUAUGGCUUAAGUAAGGAUUGGUAAAGGAUUUGUAAAAGGUAAUGAUGUAAGAAUUUGUUAAAUAUUGAAUAUAAGCUUUGAGUUUUAAAGUUUUUAUAUGACAAGAGGGAAAAUAGAAUAAGGAAACGUAAUGAUAGAUUGUUAUGAAAAAACAGAAAGGAUUUGCUGUAAAAAUUAAAUACUAAGAAACAAGAGAGGGGAGGAGGAGGAAGUCUAGAAAGGAAGUUAAUGGAGAUCGUAAAGGAUUUUAUAUUUCUGUUUUUCUGUUUUUCUCUUUAUUUUUCUGCGGCUGGGUUUUUUUCUUCUUUAUUAUUUGUAUUAUUUUUGUUUUUUUCUGUAUUUUCAAACUUUUUUGGAAAUUUUUGUUGUUACUCUUUGAAAACUUAAUAAAUAUCAAUUAUAAAAAAAAUAAAAAAAUAAAAACAACAAGGCACUUGUCUUGCAUAAAGCAAGCACCAAAACUUCCUCCCAGCUCAUAUUUAGUCAAGGUCAAAAAGGACUGGUCCCACGAUCUUAAUCUCACAGCUGUAGAGUCCUCAAGUAGACUGCAGCAACAAUUUAGCAAGCUCCCUCUAGAGGAGACAAUUUCUAUUUGUAUCCAUUUUUUUAAGGCAAGUCCAACAAAGGAAAAUUACUUUCAUUUUUCAGACAUUUUGUUUCUUUAGAAUGCAAAAGGCAACAUUGGAAUCAGUUUAUUUCUAUUCUUUAGCUAUCUGUCAAAGUAUACCAUUCACAGUCAAUGAACCUCUCCAACAAUUUCUGUCUCUGACACCCCGUUCCCAGGUUAGAGACGGUGGAAACUUAUCUUUCUUCACUCCCUCUCCUGCAGGCGUUAAACAAAGUCCCCCCCGCACCUUUUCUCCUGCUUCCAAGGGGGUUUCAGUAGUUAUAAAUGAAGGAAAUUUAGACUUUUUUAACGACUUUCCAGGCUUUAGCUUACAAGGUUUUUGCUUCAGUCUAUAUACAAAAGCGGAAGGCGGACUUCCUGUUUUGAACCUUCCCGCUUCGGUGCCAAAUUAAGAUAUUUCUUGAUCCAAUUUUCCGUUUCUACUCACGGGUACUUGUUUUAAAUCCAAUUGUCCACAGGAAAAAGUCAGCGCUCUCCGGCAAUGGCUGUGCGGCUUCACUCCGUGAAAGUAGCAAUCAGUUCGCAGCACCGCACCGCUCACCCCACUUCACUCCGGAGCCCCAAAAUGGGGUUCCCAGUGAGUGGGGGGGCGCUCCUGGUGCCCUGCCGAACCCCACGUCCCCAGGCUUCCUCCGCCUGGGAUUUCUAGCGGGUCCCCACCUUCGCCGUGGCGGGAAGACCCAGUUUCCAUGGAGCCAGUUCCUCCAGAUGGAGGAACUCCGCCAUUCGCCGAUGGCGCUAACCUGGAAGUUUGUGUGCCAUUUUCUCAAGCCGGCAACCGGCCAGCUUCUGACAGAAUACAUGAAGAUCAGGGGCGCCAACUCUAGAGGCCCCGAGCACCCACCAAAUCUAGGGAGUGUUUCCUGCCUGCAGCUGUGUGGGGAGAGAAGCUCAACAACUUUGGGCCAUCUCCUAUCAUUUUCUUGAAAAUAGGGGGGGGCUUAUACAUGGGGGCAUCUUAUAGAUGAAAAAUACAGUAGUUUCUGGAGCCUAGUGCUGGUUUUGACCUAUAAAGCUUUAAAAGGCUCAGGACUACAAUAUUUCAUUCGUGUGUGUGUUUUCCGAAUUUUAAUAAAUUGAUCCAAAUUAUUUAAAUUUAAUACAAUUUUUCAAAAAUAAAAAUUGGCUUCUAGCAGUGACGGAACCGCCCCGUCGCAGGGAUUCAAACCGCCAACCUUCUGAUUGGCAAGUCCUAGGCUCUGUGGUUUAAGCCACAGCACCACCCACGUCCUUUGUUGUUCUCCUACCUUCAUCCUACAGCCUCAUUUGAACUUGCCCAACUUUGGGAAGGAGGUAGGAUGGAUCUAGGUCUCACGCCUCUUCCCCAAAGCCUGGUGCCUCCCUUACCCAGCUUUGGGCUGGAAGAGGGUUAAAUUUUGAAGGUCUGUCCCUGCAUCAGGAUGAUGGGAGUUGUGUUCAACAUCUAGAGGGCCACAGGUUCCCCACCCCUAUUCUUAAAAGAUAGUUGCAUUAACCUGCUUCAGCAGGAUGGAAAAAGGCUCCCCAAGGCCAAUCAGAGACUCUUCCAAAUAUUCUCUCUCUUUCUCUCUCUCUCUCUCUCUCUCUCUCUCUCUCUCUCUCUCUCACACACACACACAUACACACACACCCCAGCAGGCAACUGGCCAAAAGUCCACACUGCAUAGGGAAGGAGGGCACUGCAAAAGAGGAGUGUGGGCAGAAAUUCAGUUCUCUACAUUUUGCAGCAAUUUGCAUUUUUUAAAAAUUCCUCAUGAAGAUUCACUAGUUUUUUACUGCAAAUUUCUCCCACUAAACACAUUUUCUAUGCAGUUAUGACUAGUGUACACAUGUUUGUGAUCAAUUUCCCCCGAUAUAAUGCAUUUCUGUAGAUUUUUACUAAUGUGUCCAUUAUACUGCACACUUUCCUAUAAUAUAUGCAAUUCCACAAACAUUAUUAGAUUGGAUGGAGAACUGCAUUGCGAAAUCUGCAGAACCGCAAAUUUAAGAUAGCUUUGUUUCAGUUCGCAUAUUGUUUGGAAUGUGCAAAUUUGAUAAGAUUCAGGUUUAUAUGAACACUGAAUCAAAUUUCUCCUCUAUCGCUAGUCUCAAAGAUUAUUGAAACUGGGCUUGCAUAUGACCACCUCAGUACCAUCAUGAGCAUAAAUGAUCACCAAUGCAGAAUAAAAAGGAUGUUGGGAGGAGCCCUCAGAUUUUGAACUAUCACAGCAUUUGUAGCUUCUCAGAACAGCUGGCUGCUGGUGCAAGACUUGGAUUAGUGUUUGUGCCACAUAAGGUGUCACAGAGCAUAUAAACCACACCCACUGGUCUGACUAAGCUAUAAGAUGCUGUGUAAAUCUCAGAAGACAAUUCAUAGCAAGGCACAGGACUUCCUCACACCAGCACAGGUAGCAUCUCCUCAAUUAUUUCUCUGAACCUUCUAUCCAGAUAUCCAGCAAUAUCUGGAAGGCAGCUAGUUGAGAUCAUAGCCUUUCCCAGCUACUUUCCUUCCAGAUAUUGUUGUAUUACAGCUUCCAUUAUGCAUGAUCAUUGGGUAUCCUGGUUGAGACUGAUGGGAGCUGUGGUCCACAACAUGUGGAGGAUCGCAGAUUAGGGAAGACUAUGCUAAAUUGUCUGCUUCAAAUGCCAAAUUAUCUCAGAGGCAGGAAAUCUCUGUUUUGCCUUUCCUCAGACCCAUUUCCCCCAUCUAUCAUUAUAGUCAUUUGGUGGGCCCUGAAGCUGAGGGAGACAUAUUUCCUUGAUUUUAAUGUCAAUUAAUUGUAAUUAACAAUACUAAUUCAGGUGUACUUUUUGUUUCCCUUUCUAAGCAUUCUGGACUGCUGUUUACUUUAUUCUCGUUUUACUUGGGCUGUAAGUGGCCUGGCUAUUUUUGCAAAUGAAUUUAUUGUAAGGUAUUUUGAGAUAUUUUUGUAAUUUGUAAUGUUCUUUUGUGCAGGAUAUAUGUUUUUAGAAGAAAUAUAUCACCUCCCCAGCCCAGCAGGUCUGUACCAAGGGGAAAAAAUUGAUGCCCUUCAUUCCCUCUCCCCUUAAAGAGGGUACAAAUGUUUGGAGACGGAGGGUUAAGCUUGAUUGAGCACAAGGGAAAGGAUUAAAAAUUCACCUCCAGAGCCUCUAUCCUGAUAGAAACUGGAAGCCUGUGUAUCUGUUUUAAAUUUCAAGAAGGUGGAAGCUCUGAUUUAAUGAUCUGCUAUAUUGCAUCAAUUCAUACCAGUGGCAUAUCAUCUGAUUCUCUGUUGCUGUAUUCUUACUCCUGGACAUUGGUUGUGUAAUUAGCCUUGCUUCACCAUGCCUAAUUUAUAUUGGCUGUGAGUCCUGGAAGACUUCCUUCCUGCCUUGCAAGCCUGUUCCACCUGGCCUGGGAGGGUGGGGCCAGGACGGACUCCAACUACCAAAGCUGAGGCUGCUGAAUGACCUUUUCCUGGGUGUUGUUUAGGCAGUGGGUUAUUGCUAUUUUUGAUACUGAUUUUUUGAUUGAUACUGAUAUUUGAUUUUAGAUCUUACUAUGAUUUAUGUGGAACUUGUUUGGUUUGGUUGUUAUGUUGUAAUUAUGUAGUUUUUCAAUGUUGUUAGCCGCCUUGAGCAUGGUAUGAACUAUGUAAAGGUGGCUUACAAAUAAAGUUAUAUAUAUAUGUAUCUAUGUUGAUCCGGGGAUAUUGUGCAGAAGGGCAAUCAAUGGAACUUUGGAUUUUUGCAGCCUCUCCUCUAACAUUUUACAUCACUCUCUUUUAGUAGCUACAACUGCAGAAGAGUGAGCUUGUAGCCUGAAUCUCAACCAAUCCUUAGGAAGCAAUGGAGAAAGUAGACACAGAGACUUUAAGGGAGAAGCCCCACAAGAUGACUGUGGACCAGAAAAUGAGAGAUUUAUUCCAUCACUUUCCUAAGCCAGGUGAAAUCAAUGCUUUGCUUUUAUACUUCCUGCCCAAGAGAAGUUCUGAAAACCUGCAGUGAUCCUUAAAUUAAAUUAGAAUUUCCAUUAUCCAUAUAUGCUCACAGGGGCAUAACAUACUGGGGGGCGGAAGAAGGCCGAGUCCCCUGGGGGCAUAAUUUUGAGGGGGUGCAAACCAGGCACCCCCAUGCAGGUGUUGGCUUCUGCGGGAUUCCUGUCCAGGCACGUACUGGUGUGCCCUGUCCUCAGCUCCUCAUCCUUCCCUGCCUGCUGCAGGGCUAUCUGGGCGCCAGAGUCUGACCUGGCAUUGCCACUACAUCCCAGACCCUCUCUCUGAAUGGCAGCCCAACCAACGUACUGCUCACUCACUCCUCGCUCAGUAUGCUCUCCCAAUGGUGAGUGGGCACGGAUGGAGGGAAGCAGACAAGGGGCAACCCGAGUAAAGCCUGGCACUCCUCUCCUAGGGCAUCAGGGCGAUUUACCUGCCAAGGGCCACAAUUUGCUAGCUGGGUUCCACCCUGCGUGGCAGGCAGGCAUUGCAGUGCGGCAUCAACAGCGAAGGCUGGCUUUCUGUGGCAGGCUCCCUUAAUUUUCCGCAUCCCAUGCCCUAGUGCGCGUGCCUCCACCUGGCUCCCACCUGCCCCGGAAACCAGCAAACCAUGUUACGUCACCGUAAGCAUGUACACCUGCUGAGUGAAAUGACAUUCCCCAUGGGGAUAUUUUCCAUGUUGGUGGUUUAACAUAAAAGCAAGGAGGACUUGUUCCCCAAAAUCUAGCCGUGUUAGUCUGUUUCAGCAAAGAACGAGCGGUACCUGUUGGACGAUUUUCCUAACAAUAUAAGCUUUCAUGAACUACAGCUCAUUUUACCAGAUGCAUGAAGUAUUAUCCUGAAUUAUUGGGUUAUAGAAUUGGGAGGGGGAGGAGGGUCGUAAACAAUCACGACUGUUUUUUUAAAUUACAUAUUUCAUGGACGAUAUUGUGUGCAAAUAUACUUGCAGAUAACCAAAUAGAUAUCCUGCUUCAUUAGCUAACCUCAUUCAUUCAUUCAUUCAUUCAUUCAUUCGUACAUGCAUGUGUGCUCUGUGCCCUAGGUUAUUCUGCUUAUCUCUUUCUCCCAUUGUACAGGAGGGCAAGAACAUGGUCAGAAUCAAAACUCCUCUAAAAAGCAGGGGUCUUUAGUCAAAAGGAAACUGAUACACACACCAGCAGGGGGAGUCGAUGGAUUUCACCUGGAGAAACCAGUCAAACUAGAGUCCUUGGGUUUCAGCCAGGUUGGAUCCCAUUGAAUAAAAGCUGAAAACAGCCAGUCAAUAGUGCUUGCAACUAGGCUGUCUCUUUGGCAAUAUAUAAACCUGUAUUCUUAGUACCAGAUGAAAAAAGAUACACUAGGAACACAUUUAAUGACUUGCAUGCGCAAUAUCUUAAGGAUAGAGGAAGUCCUAGACUCACAUCAGAAACUCCACAAUGUUGCCACCAUGGAAAAUGUGUUGUGCCAACCAUGGCUAUCACCACUUCACACAAAAGGGGGAGAAAAGAAUUGCAGCUCCAACACAGAAGAAAAAAGAUAUGUCUGAAAAGUUGCUUGUUCCUUCUUUAGAAUAUUCCAUUUUUUCUUGUGUGUUGAUAAAUUUGUGUUACUUCUUUUCAUCACAGAUCCUUCCCUUCGGUUAGGGAGCCCAUGGCUCUACAGGAUUUGGGAUAUCAACCAGAAGUUCCUGUUCCUGAAGAACAACAUGCUGGUAGCAGCCCCCAAAGAUGGCAACUCACCCGGUAACAAUGGUUAUGAUCCCUUCACAUCUCACAGCUGCGACCUACACUGUUACCGAUUGAACACUUGUGCAAAUUCUGGGACUGGGUAACCAGGUUUCAGGAAGUGUUUGAUAAAGCAGCACUGUCUUCAAGUAGGGUCAGAAAUGGUGCUCCUUAACUUUCCAUGGUCACACCCCACUCUUAUCACACUGAUCUUUGCCUGUUUUUUGGUUCCAGAUUACUUGGUGGCUAUGACCCCCAACAGAGGGAUAACCCCAAAAGAUGGAAACACAUUUGCCGUCUUUUGGGGCACCCAAGAUGGAGCACAAACCCUCUCCUGUGGUGAACCUGGUGGUCAACCUCAGCUGACCCUGGAGGUGGGUUUCACUUCUGGUUCAAAAUCACAUUUUAUUGUUUCAAAUUUCUGCUGCUUGUUUAGAUGCAUCCACCAUGACAAAGACUUUAGAUAUUCUCUGCUGUUUGCUCAUUCUUUUUUUCGUAGUCAGGGAAUCCAAAGGACAUCUUUGCUAAAUCACUGCAUUCCAUUCUUCUCUCUGUUGUCCUUCUAUGCUUCUUCCCUCUCCUUUGUCUUCCUAGCCUGUCUACUGGGUGAGGCAAAGAUCUACUGAGUUUUUUUUAGGGCUGCUACUGUCCUUUUAGUGAAAGCAAACACUUCCUGAUUGUACGUUCUGCACUCUUCUCCAUUAGUUAUGAAUUUCUCCUUAAUUAUUCAGCUUCUGGUUCUAUUUCCUGUUUUGUUUUUUCAAAUUCAGUAGUGAAACCUUCCUGUUUUGGUAUAUAAACAAAGAUUCAAACUUAUGAAAGGCAGACAGGAAUUGAAGCUGAAGAACCAGUGGUGGGUCAGAACUUGUUGGACUUUAACUCCCAUCAGCCCCAUCCAGAACAGCCAAUGGUCAGAGAUGAUAGGAAUUGUAGUCCACCAACGUCUAGAGGGCCACAGGUCCUCCCAUCCUUUGAAUGAAAGGCUUAUCUCAUGGCUGAAUGCUUGGUGUAUUCAUGACACAAUCCAGAUAUAAACUUGAGGCUUCCAGUAAACUUUGAAUUUGUAUAUGCUUUGGUUACAAUCAUUGGGAUUUAGCCCCAAGUCUCGCUUUCUCCCAGGCAACGGAUGGCAUUCAUUUGUGAUGUAGCACAAGCUUUCUUUCUACUAAACCUUUUGUAUGCUUUUUUAUCUUAAAUAGGGUAAAGGCAUUAUGGAUCUCUACAACGAUGGCAAGGAACACAAGAACUUCACUUUCUUUUGUAAAAGUGGCAGCAGCACAGAGACUGGCAGCUUUGAAUCUGCAGCCUUCCCGGGUUGGUUCCUAAGCACCUUGACUGAGCCAAACCAGCCGAUUCGUUUGAGUCAUCAAGGAGGUGCUGAGAUCACUCAGUUUUAUUUUGAUAAAGUAAAAGGUGAUUAG